CGCAGUUUCAAGGCUGGCUCAGUGAGUGUACCAUGGGCUGCCGGUCUCUGACACCUGUGUACCCGGGCUAUGGCUUCCAGACAGAAAACCCUCUUCCAGUCCUGGGGGUCCAGCCUGCCCCCCACUGCCAGAGCUCCCAGGGACCCCAAGAGGGGCAGGGGGGCCAGCUCUAACAGGGGGCGUCACAGGCCACAGAGACAGACCCCCAGCCUGUUCAGACCCCCCCCUCCAGGACAGCCAGGGGAUGAGGAGGACGAUGAUGUGCUGCUGGUGGAGGCCUGUGAGGUCGAGGAGAGCUUUAAUAAAACUGCCAUUAAAGAAACUGGGUGUCAGGACCACCAGGACCACCAGCAGAGCAGCCCAGCCAGGACCCCAGCCCAGGCCCCAGGUGAGAAUACCCAGCAUGGUUUGAAAGGACACAUACAUAAUACCACUGAAAUAAGGCUGCCUGAGGGUUAUGGGCAGGAACUUUCCACAUCUCAAAUCCAAAACUUGCCAGGGUUUGACUUGUCAGCAGGCGCUCUAUGGAUUUAUCCAACCAAUUAUCCAGUGCGAGACUAUCAGUUCAAUAUUGCACAGGUGUCCUUACUGCACAACACCUUGGUCUGUCUACCCACCGGUCUGGGCAAAACCUUCAUUGCUGCCGUGGUUAUGUAUAACUUCUAUCGCUGGUAUCCUUCAGGGAAGAUUGUCUUCAUGGCUCCUACGAAACCCUUGGUGGCCCAGCAGAUUGAAGCCUGUUUCAAGAUUAUGGGAAUCCCACAAGAGCACAUGGCAGAGAUGACAGGUAUUGAAUGGGCAUUAUGUGAAAUUGUUGAACACAUCUACUUCAUGUAUUCUGUGAUUCUAUGUUUAGGAUUUGUGAUUUAUCCUCAUACUAAGCAUUGGCUAAAAAGUAUAAACUGCAGUUAUGACCAUUGGCAUGUAUCCAAUUCCAUUCACACAGGGAUUUUGACUGUAUACUCUGUCAACAAAUAAUUCCCAAAGUUUUGCUUUAGCAUAUCAGUGCAGACAGGAAGGACCCGGAGCACCUGACAGGGCUAGGUCAGUGUCAAACCAUUUAUAAACUGUUUGGAAAGUUGCCCGGAAAUGGAGCAACAAGGCUUCUGCAACCAUAACCACUGCCAUGCUCUGUAGUGUGUAUGGUACUUGGCUGUUUAUUUUUAACAUUUCUCGUUGACUGUGUUCAGCAUGAUGCCAUAGAAGUAUUACUGCCCUUAACCCCUUAAGGACCAAACUUCUGGAAUAAAAGGGAAUCAUGACAUGUCACACAUGUCAUGUCUCCUUAAGGGGUUAAAGUAAAACUAUUUUUCUACAAACUCUUUUCUUAUUUCAGUAAAUGCUAUUGAAGGUUUUUUUUUUUUUAUUGCAAUAUUUAAUUACAUUAUUAUUUUAUUAAUUUAUUACUGGUAUUUAUAAAGCACCAACAGAUUCUGCAGCACUGAAUUAUUCGAUUUAAGCAAAAUUGAUUCAGAUUUAUAGUGUAAAUUUAAUCUAAAUUGAUUUCUCUUAACAGGAAACAUUCAAGCUCAGAAACGUAAAGAAAUCUGGCAGAAGUGUAGAACUUUUUUCUUAACGCCACAAAUCAUGGUGAACGAUCUCAUGCGUGGAACCUGUCCUGCUACUGAAAUAAAGUGUCUCGUUAUUGAUGAGGCUCAUAAGGCACUUGGAAAUCAUGCAUAUUGUCAAGUAUGUUACAGUCUGUGCACCGCAUAAUGUACACAAGAACAUGUUUUUAAAGACUUUGUGUUUCAUGAGCACACCUCAACUUUAAGUGUAACGUUUAUGAAAUAAUUACACUGUGAUAGAUGCUAUGUACAAUAAUUAGCACAUGGAAUUUAAGUACAUAUAUUUGUUUGUCUUAUGCUGUGCAUAUUAUUCUCACUUGAAUUGGUUAUAGUGACUUGAGUCACCAGACAACAUCCCUUUCAUUUAACGGUAAACUAUUUUGAGUAUUUUACCACUGAAUGAGGGUCCAUGGUUACCACAGCCCAGCAUCCACUGGAGGUAUGAUAGUCUGAGAACAGUCAUCUGACAUUUUUGGCCACCCACUUCCUCCCUUUGCUCCCUUUCCCUCUAAACGGACACUAUUGUCAUCAGAACCACUACAGCUUAAUGUAGUGGUUCUGGUGUCCAUAUCCUGUCCCUGCAGGCAAUUUAAUGUAAACACUGCCUUUCUCUGCAUCUUUCCACGCAUGCGCAGUUGCCUCCCAAUGCUUUCCUAUAAGGAAGCAUUGGAUUGGCUGAAAUCUUUAAUAUUGAUGAUCUCCACUACGAAGACACAACCAGGUGGGGCCAAGCGUGACAAGAUAAGCGUAGCAUGGGAGAAAGGUUUAGAAAACUAACCUUUUUAUUACAUGGACAAAGGAGUCAGAGACUUCAACAGUCAAACCAGCACUAUAGUGUUCUUUUAUACUCUGAUGCUGUGUAUGCACACUCAAAAAUAACCAGAACCAUAUCAGAUGGUCGUGCCCCCUUGAGCUAUACUUUUUUUUUUUUUUUUUACUUAAUUUCAAGGAAACAUUUCAACCACAUUAUAUGGCUUGACUGGGGAUGUGGUUUAAAUGACUUCAUACUGCUAUGGGUAUAGUGUAGCCAUGAUGCUUAGCAGCUACAUACCAGUCAUUGUGGGCCUGUACAUGACUAGGACACAGUUUAGAUAAGCCAGUUUGUUGAAUAGACCCUUGAAUUCUUUUUGGGAACUGUCUUUUAAUGGAUGUUUGCAAAUCUGAGGGUCAUGUUCAUUCCAUAGUUUUAUUACUUCUCAUUUCUACACUUUUUUUUAACAAUUUUUGUUUUUUUAGGUUGUCAGAGCAUUACUUGGUUACACACAGCAAUUUCGGAUCUUGGCUCUUACCGCCACACCAGGAAGUGACACUAAGGUAAGAAGAUAUACACAUGGAAAUAUAUGGUGUGUUAUUAAACCCUUACUGUAAUGGAAACACAUAAUAUUAAACAGUGACCCUUUUAUCGAUGAUGCAACAAGAAGCUUGUAGAUGGCUAAAAAUGGCUUUAAACAUGUGAUUGUUCAUGGUGGCAUUAUUAGACUUUCUGAAAUGGAAAUGAAUAGUUCUAGGAACAUAUACAGAAUGUAAUCUUUCUAUUUUUUAUAUUUUUCCCACCAUUUUUAUUUGGAAUUUUAUUUAUUUAUUUUUUUAGAGAAAAAUUUGAAAAAAAUAUUGGAUACAAAUUAACAAAAAAUGGGUUUAAAACCAUUUAAAAAUUGAAACAAACUUCUUUUAUUUGUGUUCACUUUAUUUUAAUUCUUUAUUUCUCUCUCUUUCUCUUCACUCUUUUGCCUUUUAUUUUCACUUUUAUAUAUUAGGAGCAAUUUUCAUAAAUUUAUUUUGCUUGACCACCCACCAUGUGAACAUGUGAAACCCAAACAUUUGGCUUUUUAAUGGAUUUUAUCCAAUGUUGCAAAAUAAAGUCCUGCUACUUUUAUAUAACCGUGUUGAUCAUGUAACUCAGAAAGUGUAUCAGUUAGGAAAACUUUCUUCUGCUUUAUUCAUAAAUUAUUGAACUGUAUUGUCUUGAAAGUUGAAUUGCAAAAUUUAGACUAAAAUAGCUCAUUAAAGAAUUUAUCUGUUAUAGUGACAUCCUGCUUAUUUUAAUCUGAAUUUUACUAUUUGGUUUCAGUUUACUGUUUACUGUUAGUGAAUAAAUACCUACAUGUCAGUCCAUCUGCUCUUAGAACUAAAAAAACUGAAAAACGUAAAAUCUGAUGUUCUCCAGAAUUGGGACCUGUCUGAAUUCAGGUUUAUAAGGUUCCAUCUCUGGCUGUUGCGUACCGACCUUUAACCUUCAUACUGUUAAUCAGACCAUUGUUUGUAUUUCAGUCAGUGCAGCAAGUGGUGUCUAACCUGCUGAUUGCGCAGAUAGAGCUGCGGUCUGAGGAUUCUCCUGACAUUCAGGCGUAUUCUCACAAUAGGCAGCUGGAGAAGUUUGUGGUGCCACUAGGAGAGGAGCUGAAAGUCUUGCAAACAUGCUACUUAAAGGUGAGUCCCUCUUGUUUUCUUUCAUAAUGUGUAUUCACCGUACGACUUCAUGGGUGCCCGGAAAUCUUCUGAAAUGGUUAACUGGGACGAAUGUUACUUCUUAAUAUUAGCAUUAAGACAAUCUGGGGGUCACAUAAUUCAGGUAGUUAUCCCAUGCAAAGGGCCACACAUGCUACAAGUAGGUGAGUAGUGACAAUGAUUUGGCUCUAAAUAAAGACUUUGUUUAAAUGGACACUAUUGUCACCAGAACAACUACAGCUUAAUGUAUAGGAUACAACCUUACGUAUUUGUUCUGGUGAGUAGAAUCAUUCCCGUCAGGCUUUUUGCAGUAAACCUUUUUUUUCAGAGAAAAUGCAGUGUUUACAUUACAGCCUAGGUAUACCCCCACUGGCCACUCCUCAAAUGGCUACUAGAGGUGCUUCCGGGGGCAGUGCUGCACAGUGUGACUUUUCUGGUGCAUUUUAAGGUAUAAUUCCAACUGAUAUCUGGCACAUUGUAGCUGGACUUUUUGUUACUAGAUUCUCUGUCUUUGUAUCUUAAUGUACUCCAAUGGUUAAUAUGAUCCUGAUGACGUGCCUGUCACUCACAUGGAUCAAGGCUAAAAACAUAAUACAACAUAGAGCUAUCGGGGAAUGCAGCUAGUUUGGUAAUUCUCUAAAGUUGUGCUCAUGCCAGCGUGUUGUGUGAUGGAAGCAAUGUAAUGUAUGAAACUGACCCAGAUUAAGCAUCUCAGAAGUAGAAAGCAGUGGAAACUGGGUAAAAAAAACAAGAAACCAAUUCAGUAAAAAAAUUGUGAAUCAACCAAGAUAUUUACAUUUCUAUUCAAAACAAAAAAAACCCACCCCAACUUUGCUAUUAUUAUUAAAUAAACUCUGAAACUGUAAGUCGGUUGCUGGUAGUGGACAUAUUUUAUUAGCGUACUCUAAAGUUAGUCCUUGCUCAAAUCUCAAACAAAACAGAGAAAUCCUAAACCCUAUACGGAUUGUAUGUCAGACUGCUCCCAGCCACAGCAAUAUCCACAACUAAAAUGCCAAUCACAAGGGAAAGUAUAACCCAAUGUUUAUUUUGGACACCUUGAGCCUCUUCACCAACCUGAGGCGGAUGUAUAUCCAGGAAGACUGGAAACACUCCUCAACAGAUUAGCAAAUAGACCAGAGGCAACUCCAAGAAGGCAUCGAUCUGUGCUAGAGGUAUUGCAGCUUGUUACAGGGGUCCGUUAAUGUCUCCACUCCUGAUAUUUAUAGACUGUCAAUUUUGCAAACAGCCAUGAAUGAUGUAGGGAGGCCCUCAUCAGUUGUGGUCUAUGUCUUGACCAGAGCCAUGUCACUGUAAACCCCUUUAUGAUGGAGGCAGUUUUCCAAGUUCUGACCAAAACAAAACCAAGAAUUUGAGCUAUAUGUCUGUUCAACCAUAAUUUACUACUUUCAUCUUAGAUACACCCACACAUAUUCUAUAUCAUUUUGUUCAGGAGAAACCAGGCUUUCAUUUCACAUCAAAUAUUUCCAUAAGAAACCUGAUUUAAAGGGACACCAGAACAACUACAGCUUAUUGAAUUUGUUCUGGUGAGUAGAAUCAUUACCUUCAGGCUUUUUUCUAUAAAAACUGUCUUUUCAGAGAAAAUGUAGUGUUUACAUUGCAGCCUAGUGAUAACUUCACUGGCCCUCCUCAGAUGGCUGCUAGAGAUCCUUCCUGGGUCAUGGCUGCCUAAAAUGCAUCCAAACAUUCAGUAUCUCCUCCCUCUGCAUGCAGACACUGAACUUUCCUCAUAGAGAUUUACUGAUUCAAUUCAUCUCUGAGGAGAUGCUGAUUGGCCAGGGCUGUGUUUGGAUUGUGCUGGCUCUGCCCAUGAUCUGCCUCCUUGUCAGUCUCAGCCAAUCCUAUGGGGAAGCAUUGUGAUUGGAUCAGGCCACCACUUCUAAUGAUGUCAGCAGACUGCUUGUUUUUCUGAGUCUAACAGCAUGCAGAGUUACAGCUUCUGGCUUGAAUACAGUAAGCGUUUUACUAUAUUUUAGGGAGGCAUGAGGGGCCCAGGGGGACUAGAUGGUGGUGUUAACACUAUAGGGUUAGAAAUACAUGUUUGUGUUCCUGACCCUAUAGUGAUCCUUUAAUAUGAAUACAAUGUAAAAAGUGUGAGAAAUGUUGUUAUAUUCCAAGUUCUGCAUGGCAUUUUAGCUGCGGAUUGGCUUGGUGUCUUUCCACGCAGGCGCAAUUGCCUUGGAUUGGCUGAAAUCCUUAGUAUUGAUGAUCAUCACUACUAUUUAGCUGUAAAUAUCAUAAUACUGUUAGUUUUUACUACUCUGAAAUACUCAAUGUACAGGUUUCAUGGUGUUUUGGAAAGUUUCAGGGUCAAAGAGUUUGCUCAUUUCAAUUUUUACACAUUGAAAUUUGCCAGAUUGGUUUGCUGGGCCUUUGCGACCAUAUGACAGCCCAAGAAAAAAAAUGUCCCCUGUCUUGGCAUACCUUGUGCAAAUGUAGACAACCCAAGGUCUUUAAAAUGGGGUAUGUCCAAAGUCUGUGGUUUUGGUAUGUCACAGACAGUAUGGCAGCCCAGGAAAGAAACUUCCUCCCUGUGAUUGCAUGUCACUCUUAAGGCUAGGCAACCCCAGGGUAUUCCAAAUGGCAUAAUUUGAGUUGUUUGGCCUAGUCCCUUUAUCACAAAUGCCACAUUUAGUGGUCAUAUUUUCUUUUGUGGUUUUUUUUUUUUGUUUGUUUGUUUUUUCACACAUAUGAAUUCCAUUUUCAUGGGAAGUUUCAUAAUCCUGUAAUCCUGAUAUGAGUUAGUGCAAUAAAGCCUCAAUAUUUUUAUUACACAUUGUCUCACGAAUAUAAAAGUACCUCCACGUACCAUUUUUUUUUUUUUGUUUGUUUUGUUUUUGGUAAGUCAAAGGGCCAAAUAUAUUAGAUGCUCCUUUUCAUUCUAUACAAUUAACCAAGUGAUUUUCUGGACCUGUGUCAUCUUUGAGGGAGCGUAGCACCCUAAAAUAGAAAAUUGCCCCUAUGAGGGUAUGCCCAAGUAUUGCUAAUGUAGUAUUUUCAGUUGCUUGGUGUAGCCACUCUAUAAUGGCUGGGUGUAACGUAAUCCGGCACAGGCCAAGGUUGGGGGAAUCCAGAAGUCAGAGUAUACGGCACACAUUACCUGAGAAUUGCAAUCUGGCUUAAUUAUUUCAUACAGUAUUUUCCCAGCAGGUUCCCGAGCAGGUAUAAUUGUGCCUGGAGCAUUAUCGAACAAUGAUGUGCAGGUAGGACGCACCUUGAAGUAUUUCAAUAGCAUUUACUGAGGGAACAAGGAACUGCCUAUUAAAUUGCAAUAUAUCUCACUGUGCUAUAUUUCUGUGAUCCUGUUGCCCUCAAAAUACGUGAGCGGCGUCCAAACUUCAGUUUAGAUCCAGUUGUUGGUCUAAUAAAAUCUCUAUCAAAUGUAUUGAUUAAACAUGAAGCUGUUUUUAGACGCCUGCGUGAUGGAUCUUUUAUUGGAUACACAGCAGCCAUGUUUGUAGUAUUGUGGAUGUUUUUUUGAUUAUUAUAAUUUUAUUUAUAUAGUGCCCGCAAAUUCCGUAGCGCUGUACAAGGGGGAUAAUCCACCUGUGUUCGAGUGGCUUUAACCCCUUCAGGACGGGUGACGGACGAGGUCCGUCACGCAGGGGAGACCCUUAACGACGGGUGACGGACCUCGUCCGUCACGCGGUAAAAUUAACCCCGGAUCGCCGCGAUCGCGGGGUUAAUGGUGCUCCCGGUAUGCCUCUGCAUUAGAGGCAUACCGGGAGCACCCGGUCAGCUGCCCAGCACAUGUGCUCGCUCUGACCGCAAGUCUGAGCGAGCACAUGUGCUCAGUAUACUCACCUACCGGCUCCCUGCACUUCCGGGUUCUGUGUGAAGUGCAGGGAGCCGGAUCAGUGCUGAUCCUGCCCCCUGCUGUUAAAAAAAAUAAAGUUUAUUUAAAGUGUCCCCCCCCUUACCCAUUUUAAUAAAAAAUUAACCCCUUCCCUGCCAAUUGAUCACUGACUACAGUGAUCAAUUGGCAGGGAUUACAUUUUACUAUGAUCUGAUUUUUUUUUUUAACCCCUGAGGGUUAAUUCUUUUUUUUUUUAACCCUCAGGGGUUAAAUUAAUUAAAUUAAUUAAUUAAAUUAUUUUUAAAUUAUAUAUUUAGAUAGCUGGGGUAGGUGGAAGUUAGUGGGGAAUUGGGGGAUUUGACGUUAGGCUAACUAGGGGUUAACGUUAAAAAAAAGUUUUAAAAGAAACUUUAAAAAGUUAAAAAUUAAGCUUAAAAAAAUGUUUUAAUAACAUUUAAGUAAUAAAAACAAAAAAACACACUUUACCUAGUCCAAAUAAAAAUUAACCCCUUCCCUGCCAGUCGAUCACUGCCUACAGCGAUCAAAUAGAGAUCACAGUAUUAUACUGUGAUCUAAUUUUUUUUAACCCCUGAGGAUUAACUUUUAUUUAUUUUUUUAACCCUCAGGGGUUCAAUUUAUUUAAUUAAUUAAUUUAAAUAUUUUAUAACUAUAUAUUUUGCUAGCUGGGGUGGGUGGGUGUUAUGGGAAAAUGGGGAAUUUACUGUUAGUGCUGCGUACUGCUAGUUAGGGGUUAACAGUAAAAAAAAUAGCUUAGAAAAAUGUUAAAUCUGUAAAAAAGUUUUAAGAAAGUUUAGGAAAGUUUAAAAAAAAUUUAUAAGCAAAACAAAAGUUUAAAAACUAGUUUUUAAAAGUAAAAAAGUUAUAAAAAGUAAAAAAAUACAUUUUAAAAACGCUCAUUACCACUACACCUGGAACAAACUAGAGAAAAAAUUAUCCCACGCCAAGGUUCAAAAUAUGCCUUUUGAAUUACCCCAGGGUGUAUUCUUUAAUAAAUAGUAUGUGUUUGUGGGGAAGUUUCAAUAACCAACCGUCUAAACUACUCCAAAUUGGAACAUGGACACAGCGUAAAACUUCAAAGUUAGAAAAAAACUGAAUGGCUGCGUCUCAAAUGCGCCCCUUCAACAUCCACAUAUACCUGGCAAAGGUACAUACGGGGGUAUUGCUGUACUCAGCCGACAUAGCUGAGCAACAUAUGAAGUAUUAUACAGUCAUAGCACACAUAAGGUUUGCAAAAUAUGCUGCGCAAACUCACUUUGUAUGUCAAAAAGGCAGAAAAAAUGCUUAUUACCACUACACUUGGUACAAGCUAGCGGAAAAAUGAUCCCACGCUAAGGUUCAAAAUAUGCCUUUUGAAAUACCCUGGGAUGUCUUCUUUAAGAAAUGGUAUGACUUUAUGGGGUAUUUUGAUUAUAUAGCCUGGUAAAAUACUCUAAAAUGGGACAUAGGCACAGCAUAAAAAUUCAAAGUUUGAAAAAAACUGGAAUGGCUGUGUCCCAAAUGUGCCCCUCCGAUGUCCACACAUACCUGGCAAAGGUACAUACGGGGGUAUUGCUGUACUCAGCCGACAUAGCUGAGCAACAUAUGAAGUAUUAUACAGUCGUAGCACACAUAAGGUUUGCAAAAUAUACUGUGCAAACUCACUUUGUAUGUCAAAAAGGCAGAAAAAACGCUUAUUACCACUACAUCUGGUACAAGCUAGCGGAAAAAUGAUCCCACGCUAAGGUUCAAACUAUACCUUUUGAAACACCCUGGGGUGUCUACUUUAAGAAAUGGUAGGCCUUUGUGGGGUAGUUUGAAUUUAAAACCUGCGAAGAUGCUUGGAAAUUGCACAUAGGCCCAGCGUCAAAAUUCAAAGUUUGGUAAAAACGGAUAUGGCUUGGUCUCCUAUAUGGCACUGUAGCUUCACAAAAUAGUGACAAAGACAUUCAUUGGGGGUGUAUUUUUACUCAAAAGACUUAGCUGAGCAUAAUUUGGGAGGUUUGAACUUAGUGGCACAUAUGAAAUAUACAAAACGCCCAGCAAAAAUGCAAUCCGUAUGUAAAAAAUGCACAAAAUUUUUUUUACCACAUACUUUGGCAUAUAUUGGUGAAAAAAUGGGGGUAUGUUAAGGCACAAUAUGCACCUUAUGAGAUACCCUGGAGUGUCUACUUUUACAAAUGGUAGGCCUUUGUGGGGGUUUUUUGAACAGUCAAACUGUUAUAAUACCCCAAAUGGAAGCUAAGGCUCAUUAAAUCCGUCUCUCAAAAUUCUACUGUGAAUACUGUAAAGGACAGGUCUCCUAUAUGGCACUGUAGCUUCACGAAAUAGUGCCAAAGACAUUCAUAUGGGGUGUCAUUUUACUCAGAAGACUUAGCUGAGCAUAAUUUGGGGGGUUUGAACUUAGUGGCACAUAUGAAAUAUACAAAACGCCCAGCAAAAAUGCAAUCCGUAUGUAAAAAAUGCACAAAAUUUUUUUUACCACAUACUUUGGCAUAUAUUGGUGAAAAAAUGGGGGCAUGUUAAGGCACAAUAUGCACCUUAUAAGAUACCCUGGAGUGUCUACUUUUACAAAUGGUAGGCCUUUGUGGGGGGUUUUUGAACAGUCAAACUGUUAUAAUACCCCAAAUGGAAGCUAAGGCUCAUUAAAUUCAUCUCUCAACAUUCUACUGUGAAUACUGAAAAGGACAGGUAUCCUGUAUGGCACUGUAACUUCACGAAAUAGUGCAAAAGACAUACAAUGGGGUGUCAUUUUACUCAGCAGAUGUAACUGAACACAAAAUAAAACUUUGUACAGGAAUAGCACACACCAACUUUACAAAAUAUACACGAGAAUUUCUUUGUUAUAAGUUUGUGUGCCAAAAACCAAAAAGAACACAAUUUUACUCCAAUAUUUAGCAGAGGUUGGCGGUGAAAUGGCUACGUAGAAAGUGUCAAAACAACCUUAGGUAAAUAGCCCGUGAUGUCUACUUUAUAUAAAUAUAUACUUUUGUGUGGCAAUUUUGUUUUCUUUUAUGGCUAUUAAGCUUACAAGACAAACAUACCAAAUUCUAAAAUCGCUCCACAUUAAAAUUUUAUUUUACUCCUUGUGCUUUGUGACCUGUAACUACCAAAAAAAACUUAAAAUCCCAGACACAUUAUAUAUUCUGUUAAUCAGAACAAAUAAAUAAAUUUAUUUUUAAUUACUUUCCUUAACCUGCACUAAUUAUGCACACAUUAUUAUUGCAAAAACUGUAAAAAAAAACAUAUUUUUCAUUUUUUUUGCAUUUUUCUGUAUUUUUUUUAUAAUAAGUAAGCAUUUAUAUAUAUAUAUGUUAUAUCAAAUUAAAGCCCUUUCUGUCCUUUAAAAACAGUAUAUAAUAUGUGUCGGUGCAAUAAAUGAGAGAGAUGCAAAUUGCAGUUGAACGCAAACAGCAAGAAAAUGCAAAAAUUGCUUGUGUCAUUAAGCGUAAGUCAAGCUUCUGAAGCUGUGUCCUUAAGGGGUUAAUGUUGAAUAUGAAUCAGGUCAAAAACAUAAACGUUUCUGCUCCUCUUUGGCACUUGGAGGAUUAAUCUGAAAAACUGUAAACUAAUGCCUUGGGGCCAAGCAUGACACAGUGGGGCGUGAUGUGUCAGUGCUGAUUGCAUUUCUGCAUAGUGUGUCCUUAGCAGGUCCUUAUUAAACGGUCACUAGAAGGGCUGGUCUCUCCCUUCCAGAAACUGCACUCCAUCUAUGUCAGAGCUAAAAGACAUUCUAGUUCUGCAGCCUGGGGGAUUAUUACACUGCCCUAUGGCCCCCCUCCAUGAUAUAGGUAUUUUGUUUUGGAAGCUGGGGGGGAGAGGGAGGGGUUUUAAAUGUAUUUAUUAAAUGUUUGCAUUAUUUAUAAAUGCUGCAUUUUCCAACAAUACACAUGGUUACUCUGGCUAUAUUUUCUAUAUUUCUUGUGUAUGUUGAAAAUGUUAAGUCAUAAUUGUGUUUUGGUUUUGACUUGGUUCCACCCACAUAUUAAUUUGCACAGUGGAAAAUAAACUGUCAAUCACCUUUAUUCAAAGCUUGACUUGCAGCGUUUAAGUGCAAACUGUGGUACAAACUUAUAUAGUGUCACAAAGGUCCAUAAUAAUCAUUAUUCAUGUAUGACUGAAAGCUAGACAACUGCUAGAUCAAAAAAAUAUAGUUCUUGUUACAAUAUAUUUUUAUGCAGUGAUUGCAAUUAUAACUUUUAUAAUACAUUCACUAAAGCCUCAACAUAGUAAUCACACACAUACAAUAAUUAAAUCCUGAUUUGCUUAUAUAUAUAUAUAUUUACAGUAGUCCUUAUGCACCUGUGGCUGUUCAGACAUUUACCGGUAACUGCUCUUCGCCUGCGUUUCCCACUGACCGGCAGAUACAAAUACAGUCUUACAUAUCUGGGAGCAUAGUAUAGAGAGACAUUGUAUUUAUAUAUUGGGCUAGCCGUAGCCAUUCUCCCUCCUACAAUGCUUUGUGAAGACAAACCAAAUCACAAAAAUAAGAAAAGAACAGCUUUUUCCUUCAACGUUCGGUAUUCACUUGAUUAGUGCAACAUGUCUGCCACAUUGUGUGCUCGUUGCAAAGUUUGCUUCUAUUCUAGAAUAAGCUUGAGAGAACCCUAAGAUUUCUGCCAAGGUUUUAUUUCUGUGGGGGUUUUUUGGGGGGUUUUUUCCCCUGUUUUCUGGGUUUUCAUAUUUUAGAGACCAUAGAUCAUCCAGAUCCAUUAAAUAUCUGGUCAGUUUUGUACAAAUUUGGGGUAAUUGCAAUCUAUAACUGACAAACCUUCCCAGUUUAGUGUUUUUAGUUUUUACAAGUCUUGAUGCAUGAAAUCAGAAAUGAUUGCUGUACUUGUAGCUGAUUGGCGAUCGCAUUGUAUAGAAUGUAUUAUUGCGCUUUUGCACCUUUUGUAAAAUGAUUGCAAAUCCCUGUUUAGAAAGUAAAGCAAUGACGUGUCCCGAUACGUGGAAACACCAAACCCUAAACUAGUGUUUCUGUGAUUCAUGUCCUCACUGCACCUGAGACUCUCUAGCUGAUAGUCCAACAAAAGGUAACACUUAAUCACUGGUUAAAGGAGGGCUAGGCAACUUUCAGCACACCAGAUGUUGCAGACUACAUCUCCAUAAUGCUCUUGUAGCCAUAAUGUUGGCACCAGAUGUAGUUCACAGUAGCUGGAGUGCCGGAGGUUGCCUACCCCUGGUUUACUGGAUUUGAAGUCUAAUCUUGUAUACAUCUUUCUAACUCUACUGUAGCAUGCCUGCCUUAGCUGUUACAAUCCUUUCAUAGCUUUUUUGAUAGGGUCAAAAAACGCAUUUGUGGUCAUUCAGCAAACAAGGGUAUUUUAGUGCAAAAUAAUCAAAUGUGAAAAAUGUAGUUGGAGAAUAGUGGUCCCGAACGGUUCGCCGCAGAUGGCGAACAUAUGCGCUGUUCGGUCCGCCCCCUAUGUCAUCAUUGAGUAAACUUUGACCGUGUACCUCACAGUCAGCAGACACAUUCCAGCUAAUCAGCAGCAGACCCUCCCACCACCUGGACAGCUUACAAAGAAUGCAGCUUCACAAUGAAUGUAAAAUGGAUGCUGUCCAGGAGGUGAGAGGGUCUGGGAGGGAGGGUCUGCUGCUGAUUGGCUGCAAUGUGUCUGCUGACUGUGAGGUACAGGGUCAAAGUUUACUCAAUGAUGACGAAUAGGGGGCGGACCGAACAGCGCAUAUGUUCGCCAUCCUCGGCGAACCGUUCGGGACAUCACUAUUGGAGAAUGUUUCCUACAAUUUAGCGCAUUGAAGAAUAAAACCCCAUUGUAUGCUCAAUUUUCCUGCCCUCAGACUAUUUCAGUAUGUUCCCAGGUUUUUUUGUUUAUAGCCAUCAUGGAAUCCUAGACGUCUGACAGAGCCCACUUUGCAGUCUCAUCUGAUACGUGGCCUGUAUGAUAAAUGUCUAAUUAUCCUAACAAGGUAACGUGGGAGAAAGCUGUCUGUGUAAGAGGAUUAACCUAAUGUCUGACUGGAGUUAAUUAACAGGAGUGCUUUCUUUCUGCUGCUAUCUGUCACAUGCCUUUUAGCAGGCUGCAUUUCCUGAUUAUACCUGGGGUGGUUAAUUACCCACCAAUGUUACCAGAUCUUCAAUGUUUUCAUGAAAACGACUUACUGUGUGGCAGCCCAUUAGAAGUAGCUAUACAUUGUGCCGCAGGACGCCUCAUUAAGCAUAUUUUUCUCCCUGCAGUAUAUUUAACAUUCCGCGUGGUAGAACACUGCCUUUUUUUGUCUGUCAGUAUGUAGAAUUUAUAUGUUUUUUUUUUUAAACAGCCCUCCUAUCACAAAUACUAAUAGCGCUUUAAAACUAGGCUUGCCAGUUCCAGUGGUUUCUUAGAGAACAUGACUUUGAAAUGUUGAGCAGUACAUGAAAAAUUCUACCCAGCAUUAGGCAGAGUUCAUAUAUCUAAUGAAAAAACCUUUUUGGGUGGUUUCUUUACAUAUUGUAUACUAAUGGGUGUGGAAAGUCCGUUUUAAAGCCUUGUGUAAGUGAUUGAUUGUUCUUUGAAGGUUUUUUGUUUUUGUUUGUUUCUCCCCUCUGGUUUUUCACACCUCUAUUGAAAUGAAAGGGUUAAUCCACAAUGGUAGCUAUGAUCUAUUUUAGUAAAUCUUCAUACUGGUCAGCAAGGAGGUGACAUGAUUAACACACUCAUAUCCUUUAAAUGAACCUCGUAGAAUAUUAGACGCACAGAAAUGGCAUUAUGUCUGAGCCUUUGGCACAUAGAUGGUUAAUGCUUGGAUUGCCAUAUGGACCCCAUGGGGGAAGCUGCGUUUCCCAAGAUGUUCGAUUGGAUUUGAAGCUUAGCAGUUGAUAUCUUGGCUAAAUCCUUUUCACUUCUAAUGAACAAGAAGAAGGAACAAAUCUGUCUUAACCCUAUGUGUCCCAGAGCCCAAAACAUUUACUCUCAAUGCUUCAGUUAUGGAGUUAUUCACUAAACGGGGAGUUUAGAACAAGGAAAUUGCUAAUAUUGAACCACUAUAGUGUAGAUAGAAAUUUGUUAUAUCUGCUGUCUUGGACCGAUUUUUGCCAUUGUCAUGUCUAUACUUUCAGUGUCCCGUAGGGCAAUCUGAAAAAUGCUGACAUUUGACAUUUUCUGUCCUACUUAUACAAAGGAACAUAAGUUAAUGGGUUUUCAUAAUACAGAUCUUAUUCCUCCCUUUCCUGUAAAAGCUGCUAACGAACCUGGCCCUGAGACAUUAAAAAAAAGUCCUUUGGGGUAAAGUCAACCUUAAGUCUAAGAGGACCCAAGAAGCAGGACAUGUUCAGACGGUUAUCGCUAAUCCAUAAGGUUGGAAAUGACCAACUCAUUGACCUGCAAUGUGGAAUUUUAGUGUUUCACUGUUCAGUGGUGGGCAUCCAUUUCAGACUCUUCUCCAAACCUCUUUCCGUCCAUCACGGCCUUUGUAGGAACCAGAUCUCAUUCUGUCUGUUGGCAGCCGCUGGGUUAGUGUAUCCAGCUACGGUAAACAUGUCCUGCAAACACUCCUCCGGAUUGUCCAAGAGCUCAGCCAGCAGGUGGAUUUCAUGUAUAAUGGACUCUUCGUUGGUCACUCCACUGAAGGGCCUGGAGAAAGUGCAGGAAAUAAGCAAUUUGGUAUGAAAUGGAUGUCUUUCGUAAAAGAGGAAACUCUAAAAUACAAGUUAUCCCAACAAACUAUACAUUUUCAGGAUGUCUCAGUGAGUUUGUAAAAUGUGCAAAUGUCUUUUGAAAUCUCAAUACUCUUCCAUAGCCUGCUCUCAUUUAGCAGGGACAUUUCAGAAUCCAUGCUAACUGGUUUUCUAAUAUUUUGACGUUUUGGGCAGAUUUUGUUGUUUCUAUGAAAUCCCCAAAGAACUAUGGUAGCUGUACUCGAUCACAACAACCAGUGGACCUCAGUUGAACACACAUGUUUUCAAUCUAAGCCUGCUUAACCCUGGCCCUCACUUUCUUCUAGACUUUAAUUCCCACUGACCACCUUGCAGAAUUGGCUGGCAGGAAAUGCAGUCUGCUAGCCGUGGGACCAAGACUGUACUUUGGGUGCUUAAAGGGUAAAGUGAGUACGUGCUGGUCUACCAAGCAAGGGACCGGCACUUGGCUAUAGAGAUUCCAGUGUUAACAUGUGGCAGUCAGCUGAUGGCUUGUAGUCAUAUCUAUCUGUAGUUUUCCUGCUUAAUACAAAUUACAUUUGUUCAACUUCCAAACAGAUUAGACUUUUUUUUUCUUAACUUUGAUUAAACCUUGUUCUUUGAAAAUAUUAUUAAAUCUUUUGUGUUUUUUGAUUUUUAUGAAGAAUAUAACUUAAAUUUUUUUUUUAUUUUUUUUUUUAACAAAUAGAUUUAAAUUUUAGUUUUUAAAACCGUUUUGUCCCCUGGAUGUUCCAUUUAUUAAAGUCUUUUGUCACAGCUUGACGCGUAUUACUUGCUGCAGCAGGGGAGCAGUUAACACCAAUAAAUACUCUGUUCUUACAGCUUUUCAUCCUUAUUGUGCUAAGGGCUCUUCUAUUUAUCCUUAUAAGGGAUUGAAAGGGGGAGGAAAUCCCUCCGUGUCAUUCAGGCCCUCGUCUUGUUGAAGCAGAAUAAUGGAUUGCCUAAUGAAAAAGAACCACUCGAAGUGGUGGGGAAAUAAUCAUGUGCUAAAAAUGUGAUAGUCAGUGCGAGUAUGUUAUCCGGGGGUGAAGCCAACCAUUAAGGACAAUACGUCUCGAUCUGUGCUGUUCUCUAAUCUAUAAGCCGUGAAUCUUAAAGUGUUUAAUGUUUCUCUUCACAGUACAUUCAUUUUUAUUUUUAAUUCUUUAUCCCUGAUUAUUUUUGAAAAGGCCACGGACACUUCCAGGUCACUGCUGUUUGCAAUAAACACUUUGUGCUACAGGACCAGGCUUUGGCCACGUGGUAUAAUCUAGCUCUUAAAUAUGUUAACUAGACAAAUGCUGUACAGUUGGCCAGGGUGUUUCCAAGUCCAUAAAGGUUUUCAGUUGUUGGUAAAGUAACAGCCUACGAAAGUGUUACGUUAAAGUUCUUUACUACUAGACAUUUUGCUGAGUGUUUGUGCAUUUUUAUUUUUUAUUUUUUUUUAGGAAUCCAAACUCCUUGUAUUUGUUAACCCAGGUCUUACCGAGUAAACACUAUUGUGGGAGGCCAUUCUUCAAUGACAAUGUCCUGGUCUGUAGGCUGAGGUGGCUGUUCUUGGAGAGGAGACGGAAUGUAGUACGCCACAGUGACCGAUCGUGUGAGUUCUGCUUGAACUUCGUCUGUGUGCACGAUGGUCAGAAUUGGAAUGGUCAUCCCAAGAUAUAGACCUGUAAAAUGAACCAUGGGUGAUUCUUUCAUGUCGACCAACAAAUAAAAAAAAAAAAUAUAGACUAGGCUGUAUAUAGUUCUAGAAUUUUUUUUUAUUUUUUUUUUUUUUAAAUAUGGUUUCUUGUAAAUUAAGGACUCAAAACAUUCUAUUCUUGGAUGUUCUUUAAAGUGAGCUCUACUUGUAAUCUUGGUGUAGCUUUUUAACAUGACUUACAUGAUCCAGUGCGUAUAUACAGCUUGUGGUUAUGACAUGUUACCUGAAGAGUUUUGUUCACAGAUGUAUCUCAUCAGCUUCAUAAAUCCCAGGCAUAUGCUCUGUUCAUAUUGUUCUUCCUGCAUUUUAACACAUGCCCACUUGGCUCUUCCAUAUUGUCUCUUCUCAUACAGAAUCUCUCCACACUACAAAGACAUUGCAACAAAAUAGAAUUGAGUUUUGAUUCUCUGCCUUUGCCGUUUGAUCAAGCUGGAUAUUGGGGGCUUAGAGGGCCAUUUAAUGACGCACAUUGAGGACACUUCUCGAGGUUGCCACAUGGCUACCACUUGCAGUGGAUUUGUUUAUCCUGCAGAGUCUGCCUGAGCAAUUUCUAUAUUCGGUUGCCCUUUAAAUCCUGUGUUUUAGGGACUGAUACAGAGGGAGUUGGUUCACUGCAGCAGAUUAAUGCCAUACUUUGACCUGAGAUCUGUUUAUGCUUGAAGAACAAGGCUUGUACUCAGUCUUGGAUUAUAGAUUGUGAUAAUCUGAUUUUCUGCUUAGAAGCUGCUUGUCGGGAAUAAAUCUAGAAUAGAACAUGUGACUUUCACUUCCCCUACCUCCAUCCUCAUCUUUGAUUUGCCACAAUAUGUGAAAGUGGACAUUAUAUAGUAUGCCUGCCGGGCUAGCAGCUUGGUGGGUCCCCCUAGACACUGGUAAUUUAGGUGUACUAGCUGAAUGGAACUGUACAUGUGGAGGGGGUUAGUUAAUUGAUCAUGGGCAAUGGGUACCCCUGAGCAUCUGCAGCCUUGGACAAAGGGCCCUUCCUUGAUUAUUGCUUUUCGUAUUACUUAAAGGAUUACUAUAGGCAUUCAGACCACUUCAGCUCAAUGAAGUGGUCUGGGUGCCAGGUCCAUCUAGGGUUAACCCUGCCUGCUGUAAACAUAGCAUUUUCAGAGAAACUGCUAUGUUUACAAUAGGGUUAAUCCAGCCUCUAGUGGCUGUUUCAUUGACAGCCACUAGAGGCGCUUCUGCGCUUCUCACUGUGAUUUUCACAGUGAGAAGACGCCAACGAUCAUAGGAAAGCAUUGAGAAUGCUUUCCUGUGAGUCUGGCUGAAUGCGCGCGGGUCUUGCCGUGCAUGCGCAUUCAGCCGAUGACGUCCGAGGGAGCCCGGAGCUGGAGGAAGGUAACAUUUUAACCCCUUCCUCUCCCUUAAGCCUGGCGGGGGGGCACCCUGAGGGUGGGUUGGACCUAUUAACACUAUAAUGCCAGGAAAACAAGUUUGUUUUCCUGGCACUAUAGUGGUCCGUGCCUAAGACUUGGGACAUACUUUGAGGGCACAACAGUUACUGUCACCCCUCAUUACACUAAUGGCUGAGCAAAUAUUCCCUUUAUUUACAUUAAAACUUGGUGUAUAUGCCAAAAUGCAAACAAAUGUUGAUAUGAUCAUUUAUAUAAUGAAGUGUGACGAUCAUUUUGCAUGAUACAUGUUUAGUCUAUGUUCCGUGUGCUUUGAAUUCUGUGAAUAAACCAUGGAUGUUGGGGAACAUUGCCACAUGCAGCGCAUUCUGUGAGGGGAACAGUGCAUUGAGUGUAGGUGUGCAUGAACACUGUCAUUUAAUGUAAAACUAAUAUUUUAAGAGAACGUUAUUUUCACAUGUAAAGUGACCUUGGGACAUGGGCGCAUUGAGCUUGCGCUAUAUGGCUGCCAUUACACCUCACACUAUGAAGUUGGACUACAACCUCACCUUCUCCUUGCGACUCAGUAAUAGAAAGGGCACACUUUGGCGUUCCUCAGUACGGUUAUUUCUAGUCAUUUGUUGGAUAGGUUCUGCCAUGUCUGGUAAAAACAAGAAAUAAUUUAUACAAAGAAGCAUAAACUGAACCAUUUUUGUUUGUUUCAAUCUAAAGCUGGUUAAAAUGGCACAUUAAAUUAAACUAUUUUAAUUAUUGUUAAACUAUUGUAUAUUUGAAUAUAUUUAUGUCUAUAAACAUUUUAUUUUAUGUAUUCUAUACCUUGAUGUGGUGCGGUGGGACCUAUAGAUAUGGAGUUUUGUAUGAGGGGGUAUGGGAUUUUCUAUGAGCGGGUACAGGGUUUUGUAUGAGGUGGUACAGGGUUUUCUAUGAGUGUGUACAGGGUUCUGUAUGAGGGGGUAUGGGAUUUUGUAUGAGCGUGUACAGGGUUCUGUAUGAGGGGGUACAGGAUUUUCUAUGAGCGUGUACAGGGUUCUGUAUGAGGGGGUACAGGGUUUUCUAUGAGCGUGUACAGGGUUCUGUAUGAGGGGGUACAGGAUUUUCUAUGAGUGUGUACAGGGUUCUGUAUGAGCGGCUACAGGAUUUUCUAUGAGCGUGUACAGGGUUCUGUAUGAGGGGGUACAGGGUUUUCUAUGAGCGUGUACAGGGUUUGUAUGAGGGGGUGCAGGGUUUUCUAUGAGCAUGUACAGGGUUUUGUAUGAGGGGGUAUGGGAUUUUGUAUGAACGUGUACAGGGUUUUCUAUGAGCGUGUACAGGGUUCUGUAUGAGGGGGUACAGGGUUUUCUAUGAGUGUGUACAGGGUUUGUAUACAGGGAGCGUGUACUGGGUUCUGUAUGAGGGGGUACAGGGUUUUCUAUGAGUGUGUACAGGGUUUGUAUGAGGGGCUACAGGAUUUUCUAUGAGCGUGUACAGGGUUCUGUAUGAGGGGGUACAGGGUUUUCUGUGAGCGUGUACAGGGUUUGUAUGAGGGGGUACAGGAUUUUCUAUGAGUGUGUACAGGGUUUGUGUGAGGGGCUACAGGAUUUUCUAUGAGCGUGUACUGGGUUCUGUAUGAGGGGGUACAGGGUUUUCUAUGAGUGUGUACAGGGUUUGUAUGAGGGGCUACAGGAUUUUCUAUGAGCGUGUACAGGGUUCUGUAUGAGGGGGUACAGGGUUUUCUAUGAGCGUGUACAGGGUUUGUAUGAGGGGGUGCAGGGUUUUCUAUGAGCAUGUACAGGGUUUUGUAUGAGGGGGUAUGGGAUUUUGUAUGAGCGUGUACAGGGUUCUGUAUGAGGGGGGGUACAGGAUUUUCUAUGAGUGUGUACAGGGUUUUGUAUGAGGGGGUACAGGGUUUUCUAUGAGUGUGUACAGGGUUUGUAUGAGGGGCUACAGGAUUUUCUAUGAGCGUGUACAGGGUUCUGUAUGAGGGGGUACAGGGUUUUCUGUGAGCGUGUACAGGGUUUGUAUGAGGGGGUACAGGAUUUUCUAUGAGUGUGUACAGGGUUUGUGUGAGGGGCUACAGGAUUUUCUAUGAGCGUGUACAGGGUUCUGUAUGAGGGGGUAUGGGAUUUUCUAUGAGCGGGUACAGGGUUUUGUAUGAGGUGGUACAGGGUUUUCUAUGAGUGUGUACAGGGUUCUGUAUGAGGGGGUAUGGGAUUUUGUAUGAGCGUGUACAGGGUUCUGUAUGAGGGGGGUACAGGAUUUUGUAUGAGCGUGUACAGGGUUUUCUAUGAGCGUGUACAGGGUUUUCUAUGAGCGUGUACAGGGUUCUGUAUGAGGGGGUACAGGGUUUUCUAUGAGUGUGUACAGGGUUUGUAUGAGGGGCUACAGGAUUUUCUAUGAGCGUGUACAGGGUUCUGUAUGAGGGGGUACAGGAUUUUCUAUGAGUGUGUACAGGGUUCUGUAUGAGCGGCUACAGGAUUUUCUAUGAGCGUGUACAGGGUUCUGUAUGAGGGGGUACAGGGUUUUCUAUGAGCGUGUACAGGGUUUGUAUGAGGGGGUGCAGGGUUUUCUAUGAGCAUGUACAGGGUUUUGUAUGAGGGGGUAUGGGAUUUUGUAUGAGCGUGUACAGGGUUCUGUAUGAGGGGGGGUACAGGAUUUUCUAUGAGUGUGUACAGGGUUUUGUAUGAGGGGGUACAGGGUUUUCUAUGAGUGUGUACAGGGUUUGUAUGAGGGGCUACAGGAUUUUCUAUGAGCGUGUACAGGGUUCUGUAUGAGGGGGUACAGGGUUUUCUGUGAGCGUGUACAGGGUUUGUAUGAGGGGGUACAGGAUUUUCUAUGAGUGUGUACAGGGUUUGUGUGAGGGGCUACAGGAUUUUCUAUGAGCGUUUACAGGGUUCUGUAUGAGGGGGUAUGGGAUUUUCUAUGAGCGGGUACAGGGUUUUGUAUGAGGUGGUACAGGGUUUUCUAUGAGUGUGUACAGGGUUCUGUAUGAGGGGGUAUGGGAUUUUGUAUGAGCGUGUACAGGGUUCUGUAUGAGGGGGGUACAGGAUUUUGUAUGAGCGUGUACAGGGUUUUCUAUGAGCGUGUACAGGGUUUUCUAUGAGCGUGUACAGGGUUCUGUAUGAGGGGGUACAGGGUUUUCUAUAUGAGGGUGUACAGGGUUUUCUAUGAGGGUGUACAGGGUUCUGUAUGAGGGGUGUACAGGGUUCUGUAUGAGGGUGUACAGGGUUCUGUAUAUGAGGGGGUACACAGGGUUCUGUAUGAGGGGGCCUGGGGUUCUGUAUGAGGGGGGUACAGGGUUCUGUAUGAGGGGGGUACAGGGUUCUGUAUGAGGGGGUACAGGAUUUUCUAUGAGCGUGUACAGGGUUUUCUAUGAGGGGGUACAGGAUUUUCUAUGAUCGUGUACAGGGUUCUGUAUGAGGGGGUACAGGAUUUUCUAUGAGUGUGUACAGGGUUCUGUAUGAGGGGGUACAGGAUUUUCUAUGAGGGGGUACAGGAUUUUCUAUGAUCGUGUACAGGGUUCUGUAUGAGGGGGUACAGGAUUUUCUAUGAGCGUGUACAGGAUUUUGUAUGAGGGGGUAUGGGAUUUUGUAUGAGCGUGUACAGGGUUCUGUAUGAGGGGGUAUGGGAUUUUCUAUGAGCGUGUACAGGGUUUUGUAUGAGUGUGUACAGGAUUUUCUAUGAGUGUGUACAGGGUUUUCUAUGAGGGGGUACAGGAUUUUGUAUGAGUGUGUACAGGAUUUUCUAUGAGUGUGUACAGGAUUUUCUAUGAGUGUGUACAGGAUUUUCUAUGAGUGUGUACAGGAUUUUCUAUGAGUGUGUACAGGGUUUUGUAUGAGUGUGUACAGGAUUUUCUAUGAGUGUGUACAGGAUUUUCUAUGAGUGUGUACAGGAUUUUCUAUGAGUGUGUACAGGAUUUUCUAUGAGUGUGUACAGGAUUUUCUAUGAGUGUGUACAGGAUUUUCUAUGAGUCUGUACAGGGUUUUGUAUGAGGGGGUACAGGGUUUUGUAUGAGUGUGUACAGGGUUUUGUAUGAGGGGGUACAGGAUUUUCUAGGAGUGUGUACAGGGUUUUGUAUGAGGGGGUACAGGAUUUUCUAGGAGUGUGUACAGGGUUUUGUAUAAAGUGCAAAUCUAAGGGGAAAGUUCUAAAAGUGGGGCAGUCUCCGUGGAAUCGAAUGUUCUAGAAUUGCUUGUUUUACAGAGUCACUGGGUUCUUUCCGAGAAUAGCCCCCUUCCAGCUGCAUGCUUGGUUACUGUAUUUUGGUAUCUGUGUUUAAUUGAGUCUCUGUGUGAUGGGCCUUCUGAGGUCUGUUCUCCUAGGACUUGGCUUUAAACCCACGUACAUUGCAAUAUUUUGCCAAGUGCAUGUAUUGAUCACAUGCACUAAUCUAAGAUUUAGACAUCCUGCUAGGGAUUAACUGUGCUUUAUAUGCACUUCCCCUAUACAGUCAUUCAGAGAGACUGAGACUGGUAUUGGGAACACUGAGCGACUGGCUUAGCGUGUCAGGAGUCAGUCUGCAGCAGCUGGAGUGCCCUGAGCAGUCACCCAUCUUCUGCUGAACUUGCUCCCAUUAACCCAGCGUGCCUAGUAAGCAGCGAAGCAUGGCAAACCAAGUUAACGCUUCCAUAUCAUUCUCUCUUUUAUCGCUUGCCAGAGAAUUGAAACUCCCUCUGGUUGGCUGAGCAUUAAGAUUUGUAGCUGCACGUUACGUGUACACUUAAACCAUAAUGACAGUAUAUGUCCUAAGAUACGUACAGUGCCGCAGAGUAUUUUGGCACAAACUGCAAAAGCUAAUUUUCUUGGUAGUAACAGCAAUGGGCAAAAAUUAACUAGUUGCUACGUUUUUUUUUUUUUAUAUAUAUUUGCGUAUGUCAUGCAAGCACUUGUAUUUUAACCCAUAACAUUUUGGUUUCAAUCCGCUGCCAAGGAUUAAGUCUCCAAAUGGCUAAUCUCAUUGAGAUAUUCAGGUCAUUGCAGUAUUAAACACUGCCUAAUAACAGACCGCUAGUACCCCUCCUUCCUUUAUAAUAUAUAGGACCCCCAAAGGGCACAUACCAGGGUGUUUUAUUUCUCUUAAUAUCCGCCAGCAGCUGUUUAUUUAGCUGAUAUUACGAUUCUCGUGAUAUAAAAGGUUUUACCUGACCCCUUGUUAUAAAGAGGUUGACUGAGAGAGUGCAGCACAGCGCCAAACAUUUAGAGAUUAAUGCCUACGUUCAGGAUCAUAGUAACUAUAGUCCUUCAAUUUCUGCAGUGCCCUUCUUCGUUAGGCUAGACCUUGUGUAUCAAUAACUAACAUUUAGGCCGACAGAUCCUAUAGCUAAACCCAAGUCUGGAGAAAGUCCUGGGCACACACUGUGUAACUCUUCCAUCAGCAUUGCUGAUGGAAUUUAUUAUGAAUUGUGUUGAGAAGCCCUCCUAUUCCCACUUUCCCUAGAAUUGAUUCUACAGCUGUUUUCUCUCUCCGUCACUGCUUUAAAACAUUGGGCAACCUGUGACAUUAUACCUAACCAUGGGAGAUGAAGCCCAGCCUCACUGACAGAUGGUGUCUGGCUGUAAUAUAGAGAAUUCCUAAAAUCCACUUUUUCCCCUGAAUGUUUUUUUUUCUUUUUCCUUUCUGCAGCCAUUCCAUCAGUGCCCUGCCUGAUAGACUUACUACGGUCCUUCUCAAUGCUUGCUUAUAUGGUUUUAUUUUAACUGGCGUGCUUUUCCCAUCCGUGCUGCUCUUGCAUUAAUGAAUAGGUUUAAUCAUCGUGUUCUGAGUCGCAGCAACCUCUGUAAUCUACUAGAUUUCUGUCUCUAUUGUUUGGCAUUCUAAGUCCAUACUCUUCAGAUAAUUUCAAUGGACCCUUAGAUCCCGGCAUUGAGUACACAGAAUAAUGAAGUAGUAUUGUGUAUGGACUACCGACAUUUAUACAAACUAUACUAUGCACAAAUACGUGUAGACUUGUACAUUGCUAUCCUGACACCCAUGUAGAAUAUAACCCGCCAGGCACAAUGGGGCACCCCUUACUCUGCAGAAUAUUUAUAUAGUGCCAACACAUUCCGCAGCGUUGUACAAUGGGUAGACAAAACAAAUCUAACACUCGUAAAACAAGAGUCCAUAAUAUAACAAGUAACUUGUUCACUCUUUGACAUUUCUACAUCUUGGGUUUUGAUGAUUUUUAGCCUAGACCCAUAAACAGACAUGCAAUGGGAAGAUCUUACCAUUUGGGACCUCGACCUGGUGGCCCCUGGCCACAGUUUGCCAGUAAUUAAGCAGCCUGUCUUGUUCAGCAUCUUCCAUUGGUUCCACUUCUUCCUCCACGCUCCCAUUGCUGUUGUAUGCAGAGUCGGAGCCUGGUUCGUCCGUCAUGUUGUCCAAAUCAUCCAAAGUGAUCAUCCCAGCUCCUGCCGGCUCCUGCACCCCACCGCUCAUCCUACACCCCUCACUCUGCAUAGUGAUCACCUUGACUGCAAUUCAGAGCUGAAAAUAUCUGCCUCUAGAACCGUACCAGCAAUCCAAUACUACAACUGAUAUCCAGACCUAAAACCUUAACUCCAGUUCAGAGCUGAGAAUGGUAACUUUUUUAGAACCUUGCCUAAAACUCCAACCAACAUCUAGCUCCAGAACCUUACCUUCAAUCUAAAACUGUAAACAGUAUCUAGUUUUGCUAGACUCGGAGACCUUUUUCCAGAACACUGCCUAAAUUCCAGAGUUACAACAUGUAUGUCAAUAUUGAUAAACCCACAGUUUAUGUAUCUAGCAGUUCAGGGGUGGUAUAGCAGGGUAUACUACGGCAUCUAGAUCUCAACUAGGAAUUUAGCUUAGCCUGAUAGGAUUUGGACUUUGUGACAGAAUUUACAAUUCCUAUGCCCACAUUCCAAUCCACAAAUCCAGAAUUAAGAAGCACGGGUAGCUAAGUUUACCUGUCAGUGAGCAUAUAGACCAGCCAGUCCUGUUUUACAGCUAUAAAUGUUGUCUAGAUCGCGUGCAGAUGGCACACACCUUUAGACCUGACUCUGGCUAAGCAAAACUUUUUUUUUUUGGAGAGCACCAAAGCGAAGGUUCCUGCUCAAGAUUCCUCUUGGCCUCAGUCCUGUGCCUCUUGCUAAGAGGAAAUCAGACUUUAGCAGCGUUUAAAGGGUUUGGCAGCUGUUGCUUUUAAAAGCUGAGUGGAGGAGGCGUGCAGGAGACUCACUGAGGGAGGGGAUGGAUGGAGGCAGAACUAGCACAUGCUCACUUAAUCUGUAUCUGUAUGGGGAGGGGAGAGGGUGAAUGGUAGGCGUCUAUAAAGUAGUGCUAUGCUUAACCCCUGCACCACCGCAGCCCAGCUCAAUGCCAGGCACCAGUUUAUUCACUUAAACGGGAGUUGUGCUGAUUUCAAUUGUACAAUAUUUAUGCCGAAAUAUCUGGUUUGAAACUGGGAAAAAGACAGCAGACGUGGGAAAUAUUUUUUAGUAUUUUCGGUUUGCUACAAUUGUUUAGAAAAUAAAUGAAUCUCCAGAGAGGUUUUUGAAAUUAUUUGUCAUAAUUGUUUUUGUUGUCAGUCUUGUAGUGUCUGUUAUAUUUCGUAAUAUUAUGGUUUUAGGACACUUGUUAAAAUUAACAAAUUGGGGUCUACGUUUGUUUCUUCUGUUUAAGAAUAAAGUGACAUGGAGGGGGGAAAGGGGGAGACAGCGACGACUUGGCCUUACUAUUUGUUCCAAUGAUGUAUCACCAACAUAUUUUGCUUUAUAAUGGAUUUAUAUCAAUUUAUCACACACUGUAAUUAUGACACAUUGGAUAUAGAUGUGACAAGGCAAUUAGUCUGAAUUGGUGAAUUAAAAAAAACUAACUCAGAAUUAUUUUGAAUUCUUAUUUUAGGAUAAAAGAAAUUAGGAAACCAAUCUCCUCUCUAGUUACGUUUUCCAAUUUGGACUAAAAUUUGCAAUUCAUUUUUAACUCCUGACUGUUCGUUUCACAAGGCUGAUUGCUAAACCGAGACGUACAGCAAAUUUUAUAUCCAAAUUGCAAAAUAUAGGCUAAAAGCCGUCACUGGCUGGGCUGGCGGUAUUUUUCAGGUUAUUUUGUGAUUUGGGUUUUAGUUCUUUAAGGGUUGAGUUUAGCGAGGUUGUUUGAUAGCUUGGCGUAUUCCUAUUUAGAGGGGAUGUGGGGUAGUGAACAUUAUGUGCAGUGAGACAGGUAGAAUGUUGGGAGUUUAGCGAGGCUGUUUGAUCACUUGGCGUAUUCCUAUUUAGAGGGGAUGUGGGGUAGGUGCAGUGAGACAGGUAGAAUGUUGGGAGUUUAGCGAGGUUGUUUGAUCGCUUGGCGUAUUCCUAUUUAGAGGAGAUGUGGGGUAGGUGCAGUGAGACAGGUAGAAUGUUGGGAGUUUAGCGAGGCUGUUUGAUCGCUUGGCAUAUUCCUAUUUAGAGGAGAUGUGGGGUAGGUGCAGUGAGACAGGUAGAAUGUUGGGAGUUUAGCGAGGUUGUUUGAUAGCUUGGCGUAUUCCUAUUUAGAGGAGAUGUGGGGUAGUUGCAGUGAGACAGGUAGAAUGUUGGGAGUUUAACGAGGUUGUUUGAUAGCUUGGCGUAUUCCUAUUUAGAAGGGAUGUGGGGUAGUGAACAUUAUGUGCAGUGAGACAGGUAGAAUGUUGGGAGUUUAGCAAGGCUGUUUGAUCGCUUGGCGUAUUCCUAUUUAGAGGGGAUGUGGGGUAGUGAACAUUAUGUGCAGUGAGACAGGUAGAAUGUUGGGAGUAAAAUUGGUCUUUCUCGUGGGUCCGGACCGGUUAGAAUGCAGCAUUGAAAUUCCCAGCGCUUUUUGCCUGCCUUAAAGGGAAACUCAGAGCACAGUUACAACAUUUUAUUGUACUGUUUAUGAUGCAAAAAGUCUUCAGUCUCCCCAGUUGGCAUUAUUAUUAAUUUAUUACUUAUAUAGCGCCAGCAAAUUCUGUAGCGCUGUACAAUGGGUGGACUAACACACGUAAUUGUAACCAGACAAAUGGAAGCACAGGAACAGAGGGUCAAUGAGCUUACAUGCUAGAGGGAGUGGGGUAUAGUGACACAAAGGGUAUAAGCAGAGGUAAUGAAAAAGGGGUUGCUAGAAAAUGAUUCACUGAGAACUUGGUAGGUUAUUUUUGACAGUUGCAGGAGAGGAGUCAUGGAAGGGAGGGAUGAUGUCAUGUGUCCUUAAGGGGUUAAAUGACAUGCUUUCCUGAAGAAGUGUGUUUUCAAAGAAUUUUUUUUUUUAAGGAGUGGAGACUGGGUGAAAGUCUAAUGGAAAAGGGAGUUCCACAGAAAAGGUGCCGCCCUUAAGCAUCAGAUAUGGGAAUACGGGCAGAGGAUAGACUUAGGUCUUCGGCAAUCUCUGGCUCUCCUGGUACAUAAAGUAAACAUCUCUCAUGGAUAUUGCAGAUUAGCCUGUCCACAGCAAACAGUCAAGUGAUUUGGAACUACAAUGAGUUGUAGUGGUUAUGGUGUGCAGAAUGGCCCUUUAAAGACACACUCUAGCCACUUACAGCUUAUUAUAGCUGUAUUCAUGCACGUUGUCAGUGGAGCUGUAUCCAUCACCGAAGCCAUCAGCAUGCAGCUGUGUCAAGGGAUCUCAGUGAGAGGUGCCAAGGGUGGGCACGGCAUGUGCCCAUGCAGUGAGAACACACGAUAAUAAUUCAGAGAACAACCUAGAUUCCUUAAAGGACCACUGUAGUGCCAGGAAAACAUACUCGUUUUCCUGGCGCUAUAGUGCCCUGAGGCACGCAAACGCCUCUAGCGGCUGUCAAUGAGACAGCCGCUAGAGGCUGGAUUAACCUAUUUAUAAACAUAGCAGUUUCCCCCCUAACUGCUAUGUUUAUUAAAAAAAAAGGGUUAACCCUAGCUAGACCUGGCACCCAGACCACUUCAUUAAAGGACCACUCUAGGCACCCAGACUAUUUCAGCUUAAUGAAGUGGUCUGGGUGCCUGGUCCAGCUAGGGUUAACCCAUUUUUUUAAUAAACAUAGCCGUUUCAGAGAAACUGCUAUGUUUAUGAAUGUGUUAAGCCUUCCCCCAUUCCCUCUAGCGGCUGUCUCAUUGACAGCCGCUAGAGGUGCUUGCAUGCUUCUCACUGUGAUUUUCACAGUGAGAGCACGCCAGCGUCCAUAGGAAAGCAUUGAUAAUGCUUUCCUAUGCGACCGUCUGAAUGCGCGCGCAGCUCUUGCCGCGCGUGCGCAUUCAGUCGACGGGGAGGAGAGGAGGAUCGGAGGAGAGCUCCCCGUCCAGCGCUGGAAAAAGGUACGUUUUUACCCCUUUGCCCCUUCCAGAGCCGGGUGGGGGCACACUCAGGGCACUAUAGUGCCAGGAAAACAAGUAUGUUUUCCUGGCACUAUAGUGGUCCUUUAAGCUGAAGUGGUCUGGGUGCCUAUAGUGGUCCUUUAACAGAUAUAAAGAGCAGGCUUACAGCUUGUACAGUUAGCUACAGCUAGAUCCGAUAUAAAGCAAAGGAGACAGGCCUUACACCCUAACUAUACAGUGGGCAUCGAUUCCUGCUGAGCGACUCCCUUCAACUAUUUCUAGUUAAGUGGAUUCACCACCGUGCAGCCUUUUAAAUGGUUUGUUCUACUGUGGAUUUAUACAACAGGAUCCGGAUCAUAUAAAUCUGAUAGAGCUCCUACAUCCUUUUUGUGCUUUACGGCAUUUGAUAGAACUAUUAGAUGUGUUUUUUUAUUUUUUUUUUUUAACUUGACAGCCAACGUCCAAUAAGACCGUAAUGGAUGUUUAUACUCUGUUAAUACUGCAAGUCCAAAUAAAGAUUGCAACUUGUGUAACAGUUUCUUACUGCUUCCAAUUGGAGAUUAAUAAUCUGUCUAAGUAGGUCUCAUUUCAUGGACCAAAUAGAUAGUGUUACCUUGCCACAGGUGUGUGCGCCCUGCUUGAUCUCAUAAUUCUGCUGCUGUUGCUCGGGGAGAUAGUAUCAGGCCGCGCUCGGCUUCGCAUGCUGCCUGUUUAAUUUCUGCCCUCCGGCAGAUGUCACUGAUAAGAUUUUACAUUUCAUGCCGCACUUUAUCCCUAGAGAUUCAGUUCUUAAAAAGCCCCAUUUGCAGAAUUAGGUUUAUUGUAAAAAUGUAGUUUGUACACUUAGUACAUAAAUCCCCGUGCAUGUAACACAAUAUGAAGAAUUUUUUUUUUUUUUUUUUUUUAUACAUUUACAAAAACACUUGUGUAACCUUAAACAUUUUUCCUUCAGUAGUGCAAUGUAUUGUGGGGUGGUUUUUUUUGUUUUUUUUUAAUAUUCUUUCCUGAACCUAGAUUUAAUUUUUUUUUUUUCAACAAUAUUUUUUUCUAUGUAUAUAAUAUGCAUUGUAACUUGUAACUUGUUGUGUGUUAAUGUAUAUUUCCAUGUGUUUGUGUUGUCCUCUAACUAGCAGUUAAAUAUGCCAUGUUUUGUGGUCCCAGGACAGACUUGAAAACGAGAGUAAUCUCAAUGUAUCCUUCCUGGUAAAAUAUUUUAUAAAUAAAUAAAUAGCAACUUCACAUGCUUUUUUUAAUUUAUUUUUUAUAAUUGUUUUCUUAUAUCUAUAUUAAAGGAUCACUAUAGGGUCAGAGAUAUAAAGUGUAUUCCUUACCCUGUAGUGUUUUUUUUUGUAUGUAUUUUCAAAUUUCCCGAUAUUUCGCCACCCAGUAUGACCUUGUUUAAACCUACCAUGCCGGUUUGUUCUUGUACAAGAUAAGUCCUUCUUGAAAACUGGAUUCCAAGCUAUUAAUUACCAGUCUCUUGUCAAGGGUUAGACGAUGUUAUUCGGCAUUGUUCUCUGUGUCUAUAAAUAAGGAGUAGUCUAUUUUGUUUUUUGGGAAAUGAAUUUCACCCAGGGGCUCUCUGUCUGUUUGACUGUAUAAAUGGAGUACAACCUUAAAUAUCCAUAGUGCUCUUCAGGAAAUACAAAAAUGUAUUAAAACUAAGAUAAGUAAUUCAAAUUUUUUUUUAACCCCUUAAGGACACAUGACAUGUGUGACAUGUCAUGAUUCCCUUUUAUUCCAGAAGUUUGGUCCUUAAGGGGUUAAGGGUUAACCCCUAAAGGACCAAACUUCUGGAAUAAAAGGGAAUCAUGACAUCACACAUGUCAUGUGUCCUUAAGGGGUUAAAGGGACACUGUAGGCGCCCAGACCACUUCUGCUCAUUGAAGUGGUCUGGGUGCUGUCCCUUUUGCACCUAGUGCUGCAAUGUAAUACAUUGUAAUUCCAAGUCUGCCCACAGUGGCUGUCUACCAGACAAAUUACUUUUAAAAAUUGUUUGCAUUUUUUUUUUUUUUUUUACAUACAAAAACUUGUUUGACAAAGGGUUUUAUUGAAAAAAAUUACCAUUUCUAAGUUAAAGUAAGUAAACGUUAUGUUAAAUAUAAGCAUAUUUUGGGGGCAAAAGGUCAGCUGUGUGCUAAGACAUUAUAUCAUAAAGACAUGAGUCAUUAUAAGCACAAAUGUAUGACUAAAAAAAUAAAUAAAGAAUUAACGCUAUCCGUCUAGCUGAGUGUUCCUGAAUGUUGUAAAAUAUAUUGUAGGUUUAUUUAUUAGUCUAAAACCACAACUGUGUCUCUGGACAUGAUGGAGCGUUAGUAAACAUUUAGCUAACAAAACAUAAGCUUGUCAACCACCGGUUAGUCUUGUCAAAAACUAUAAUUGGUUUCCUAUGAUCUCUGAUUCAAAGUAUUAUCAAUUUGUGUUUCUCUCCCCCUACAGGUUCUAGAGACAUUUGCCGGGCGGCUGAUUCAAAAUGGCGUAAUGUCCAGGAGGGAGAUCCCUAAUUUAACAAAAUACCAGGUUAUUCUUUCUCGAGAACAGUUCAGAAAAAACCCGCCAUCUAACGUCAUGGUAUGUCACCAGUUUUGUCUGUUGCGAUGCGUCACUAAUAUUUUGGGUAGUCCGAAUUUUUAGCCCCUAAAUCUCAAUGUUUGAUCAGCUGAUUUGAUAAUAUGGGCCAGAGAAAUCUGGGGUGUAUUUCCCCAACAGACUCGUGGAUAAUAGAGUUUUGUUUAAAACGGAAACGUGUUUAAUCUGUGAUUUGCCAUUCUACCUUUUUGUAUUUUUAUGUUCAGGGAGCCCAGCUGGGAGUGAUUGAAGGAGACUUUGCUCUCUGUAUAAGUUUAUAUCAUGGCUACGAGCUGCUCCUGCAGAUGGGAGCACGAUCCUUAUACCACUAUCUUAAUUCCAUUAUGGAUGGCUCAAAAGGUAACUUUCUUUUGUUUGUUUUGUUCAUAUGAGAUUGGUCUCCGUUCAACCUAGAGGGGUUUUAUAACUGGAGGUUACAUCUACUCCCUGUCACCCAGCUUCACCCCCAGACAUUCUGCCUUUAGUUUGCACUGAAUCUGCCUAUUUAGGAUUAUUCUCCCUAUUUUUAUAGGAAGUCCUAACCCAUUUAUCUAUGUGGCUUAUCCCUUCCUGACUUCUUGGGAACAAAAAGGAGGGGAAUCUGGGCCAAAGGUUUUGCUGGAAUUUUUAAUAACAUCCACUUUGACUAAUAAAGGCCUAGAUGAGAAUAAACAAAUUGCUUAUUCUUAACAUAAAAUUUGCUGUAGACAUUUAUUGCUUAUGUUAUUUAUUUAUUGAAAAAAACCUUUCUACAGCUACCUAUUCAUAUUCAUACUUGAUAAAUGUCUUGUUGGCAAAUAUACAUUUACAAUUUUUUAUUUUUUGUCUGUACCGUCAUCAUCAGACGGUACAUUUUUCCAUUAGAUUUCAUAAUGACACACUCAGGAACUCUUGAUUUAAACAGUUGUCUGUUGUUACCGCCAAAGCUCAUGCCCUUUUGUUUUUCAGGAAUGAUGCGCACACGCAAUGAGCUCACCCGGAAUUGCGACUUCAUGGGGCUGUACGAGCAGCUGGAGAACCUAUAUUCUGAUUCCAGCGCCUCAGCUCCAGGUAAACAGACACUUUGUUUUAUCAAUCACGCAGUGUCUUCUGUCACUUUCUAUGUCUCAAGUGGCUUUCCAAUUAGUUGUGUGGUGCUUUUAUUACAUAAAUAUCUUUGCUCUCAAUUUCAACGUUAAAAUGUUGAGCAGCGUCAUAUUGAUUGUACAUUAUAGCUGCAUUCACAUUGUUCUAUAAAAUGCUGCAAUUCAAGCUGUACAUCAACAUAUCCUGUGACCAUUUACACUUUAAAUUCUAUGUUUUGGGGAACUAGGGGACCAUAUGUGAUCUGGCUGUCAGGUCCUAUGCCUAUCUGGUGGCUUACAGUAACUCUGCCAUUAGUAAAUCUAUAGCUAAACUAAAACUACAAAAUAAAACUGCAAAACUCUUCUUAUAACUAGCAGAAAAAAACUGAUACUAAGGUGACAUCUUCCACAAUGUAAAGGUUAACCGACUAUCGUUUAACUGGAGAGAGCAAAUUGAGCAACUCUGCUUCGUUACCUACUCCAAGUAAAAUGUCCAAAAAGCACCAUGUAGCUUUAAAAAAACCAAAAAAUGUUUUCAGCCAUUUGUGUAAUACUUCUUAAAGAUUUUUAUUAUUGUAAUUCAGUGCUAAGCUCCGCAAUAUAAUCAGCCGUUGUUCUUUGCGUCUGCUCAUGGGAUAUCGAAGACUAAUCUAUCUGAGUUUACGCUCCCAAGGAUGAGAAUUUAGAUUUCAUUAAAGGGUUUAUAUCUCGUUUCCCUGAAAACCUUCAAUGUUUUGGAUUCAUUAUGGAGAGUAACCUUGAAUUCAGUCAUAAUGCUUUUUUUUUUCUCAAAAUGGUUCUAUUUAUAUUACAGGCGUUUUUAUUUAAUGCAGCCUAACGCAAAGGGUGGUCUAGGAUUAACUCACAAAGGGAAAGGCGAGGUUGUUUGUUCCCCCCUCUUAUCUUUCACAUUACAAAUAUUUGCUUUUAAUGUCCAUGGGCUUUGUUUUAAUGUAGGUAACUGGAUUCCAUUUCUGUAGGAUUUUUCUUUUCCUUUUAACAAGCCUCUAACCUUACCUGUAGUCUAACACAGAGACACAUCCCCAAAUUUGAUGACCUUCCUAAAUGAAAGGAUUUAAGGGGAAAAAGCCCUUUUGUGGCUGUAUUCCAGAACCUGUUUUACAUUGUAAGAGAAGAUGCACCAUAGGUUAUGUAUUAAGAUAUAGCGGCUUGGUUGCUUAGUGUGUCCUUUUGUACAGCAAUUGCAUGUUAAUUAAAAGGCUGUUUUUUGCAGCUAGCUCGUCUUGGAUUUAUUAUUUUAUAUCAUCUUUGUUAUUGCUUUCUAUAUUACUUUUUGGAGCCAAUGGCAAACUAAACUCAAAUGUCUGAAAAUUCUCAAAUGUUCGGAUUAUUCCCGUCCCUCACUAGACUGAUCAAGUGCUUUUCAGUUCAGACUGCCGUCGAAACGUUGGAGCUCUCCAAGUAACUUUUCAAUGCAUUUUCAUGUUUCUAAAUUCCAACUCUAAGAGAAUCUUUUCACUGAAGUUUCGAUCUUCCUCCUGUGAUGUCAUCAAUACUGAUGACUUGUGUCCAACCACAUGCUUUUCAUAGAAGCAUUGAAACCAGCAUUCGUUCUGCGAGAAGCAGAAUAACAGAGACAGGAACCCUCUUGCAAUCUCUUGAAAUCUGCCAUUCAAAAAAUAAACCUGCAGGACUUGUGGCUAAUCCCUAAAGUAUUUCAGUAGAGGUUCCUGUAAAUCAAGCUACAAAAUGGACAGAACAAAGUACCUGGCUAUUGAAAAGCUGCAGUGUACCCUUUAAAAUUCGAUCACACUAUCUAUAGAAAACACAAAAUAUAUUUUUCACUGUUGACCUAUAUUGCUAAGUGCGUGCGAAUCUUGUGUUUCCAGUAUAAAUGUUUCUUCUUCUUCAUGUAAAUGUUACCUCUCACUAAUGAAGUCUGUACAUUGUAAUUGUGAGGAAUGUAAUUGUUUGUUUAUUUAUUUAUUUAUUUUUACCACUUGCAGGAUCAGAUGUAAAAAAGCCGUUUAUUUACAGCCACCCGAAGUUAAAAAAGUUAGAGGAAGUUGUUGUUCAGCAUUUUAAAUCUUGGGGAGAUCGCCAUGGUAGGUUUUUAAUGCAUUGUUUUUAAAACAAAGAAUGUGAAUAGAAUGUGUGUGGUUGGUUUUUUUGUUUUGUUUUCACCAAUCAUGGAUUCUGGAGAAUUGACAAGCUUGUUGUCUCAGUCCAGGAUCCUGGUUUAGUAAAAUAAAUGCCACACUUGCUGUCUGCAUUAAAUUACAAUUAACUCCACCAGGUGCAAGCAAAUCAUUGCUGUAUGUCCUAUAAACUGAAUGGCAAAUCCAUUAAUAAAGUAGCCAUGUUUUUUUUUUUGGUUCAAAUUUUGCAACUUUGGUUUCACCGCCGUCCAGUUUAGUGAAUGAAUUCCACAUCAACCACUUGUUGCAGUUUGGUUUCUACAGUUCACAUCUAGUCAUGUAAAGAUGGGUGGGCUUGAACCUUGGUUGUCUUAGGCCAAUUUCCCUGUAAAACAAUCUUGGCAGUUUUCAUGCAUUCAAACAGAAUUAUAAUGGGUCAUUAUGCAAAGUGUACGGCCAAUGUCUAGUAAUAGAAAUGCCGGGUAUUAUAUUUAUAGAUCUACCAACGGUUUCCUUUAAUUAGUUAUUUACGAAAUAUUUUACUAGGAAGGAAACGGAAGUAAAUGUUCCCUUAAUAAUCAAAGGCCAAUGUCCUCAUAAUGGUCGUACCAGUGGUAAAAGGAAUACUUUAAUUGUACAAAUGUAGAGUAAUGUUGAUUCAUUUGUCAAUACUUAUUCAGCUUUUAGAUUUUUAAACCAGAGGAGAACUGCUUGGAUCAUCCAGUUUUACCAUUUAUUAAAUGGAAACUUAAGUGUCUUAAAAGCUUGUUCUAUAGAUAACUGUAGCGGUUAUGAUGCAAAUGGGUUUUGUGCAGUUUCUCCCAUUGUUUCCUUCAAAUGGUUUGAAAAAAGCAAGACUCUCCCAGCACCUACAGCUCGGACUUUUCCUGCCAUUCAGAUAACGUAGAAGUACUUGCAUGUUGACCACCCAGCCCUGCUUUGGUUUUCAUAUGUUGCGUGUUAGCAUAGAUUAAUGCACAUUUCAUACAUACUGUUCAGUGCAUGUUACAUUUAUAAAAACACUCAUAGAGAAGCGUCAAUCCUUUUUAUUUAUUUAUUUAUUUUUUUUUAAAUAUCGAGUCAAAUGUCUCGCCCCCACUCACUCAUUCAUUUACAUUUCAGUAGAGGUUAUAAGCACCAGAACUGGCCUCACUUCUAUUAUAUUUAUGUAUUGUGUGCGCGCUCCAUGCAAAUCCAUAAAAAUACAUCCCUUUUCUGUCUGCGUAAGCCCUCUGUGUUUGAAGAUGUUGCAUACAGAUUUAUAUAAAAAGAUGGAAAUGGACCUUUUCAAAAGCUUAUAUCUGAAAUCCUCUAAUCUGCGUAAACAGCUUUUUGCAGGUAUUUGUCAAUGUCAUUUAUGCAUUGUUUGGAAAGAAAGCUGAAAUCCAUUUAGAUGGGAAUGAUGCUCGGUGGGUGAGGGAGGAUAUCUUAAAUUGGAAAUCUCACAAGCACGCCUUGUACAGUUGUAUAAUAUACACCCUCCUCUGACUCUUCCGUGUAGUUGAGUUUGAAAUCUUUUAUAUUUUAUCUAAAUUCUCCACGUGUAACCCCUUCCCCUGUAUGUAGAGCUCCUACAUUGUCUGAGCAGCUUUUAACAAGGUCACAGGUCAAGGUUACACGUGUACAUCGGGCGCCACAUGUCAAGAAGCUUUCAAAAAUGUGUUCAAUUAAAAAAAAAAAUUCUUUGCACAUGCAUACAUUUUAUUUAUUUUUUGUCUCCCCCUCUCUCCAGCAAUACUCGCCCAUUUCUAUUGAUAUUGUUCAGUAAUGACGACAGAUAAUGAACUUGUGUUCAUUUUAAUUUUAGAUUCCUCUUUAAAAUGCCCUACAGUCUUAAGAAUCUGGUCUAUACGGAUACAGUUCUAAAAUAGAAUGGGCCACAUAUUUAACAGCCAGUGCUGAAUUAGGAUCUGUAGGCACCAGAUUGUGGUGGUCGCAAAAAAUGCCUAGGAGUUAAAUAUGUAGCAAGUGCAAAGUCUAGUCUGUUUUUUUUUUUGGGGGGGGGGGGAGUGGUUCUGUGUAUUUAAAAAGGCAACUCCUUGCACUCUUCAUAUCAGUAUCGAAGUGGCAUUCCUUUCAGCCCAUUUAGUGAAGUGGUUGCUUCUUUUUCAUAGCUUGUAUUGUACGCUGCAUUUGUCAGAAGGACGUUUUCCUACUUGAUUAAUCCCUGGCAGGUAUUGAUCGAGAGCUGCUGUGCGUUGGCCUAGAUAACAAAGCUAAUUUCAUGCAGCUAAAAUUGCACGGAAAUCAAUUGCUAUGAUUUGUCCAUUUUGUCAUGUAGGGCUGGAAUUGUGCAAAAAGUACCCCCAUUACUGGUUCUCAUCGAUCAUUUAUCUAUGGGAGUUGAGAGAGUCUAAUUAGAAUGGUAUUAAUUGAUCCUGGGUUUUUUUCCUUUGAAGUUCAAUAAUGAACACUGUAAGUCAUUUCAGUGCAGUGUACACAUUUUGUGGUUGAGAGUUUAUUAAAGCUAAAGAGUUUUCAAGCAUGAUAGCACUUUAGUGGUUAUGAUGUGAGGAGUACACUGGCACAGUAAAGGGGGUUUGUCUCCUUAUCUGGGUCCUCCUCAGGUCUACUGCUUCAGGUUUACAACAUAUAGUUUUUGCUGAACUGCUUCUCAUUUAUUUGCUGAGAACAUAUGAAGUGGUCAUGGUUUUUGGAGUAACCCUUUUAUUUCAAGACAAGGGAAAGUUUUAAGAUGAAUUGCUGAAUUGCAGAAAACAUUUCUUCAGCUUAACCGAUGUAGCCUAAAGUCUGCUAUUCCAUUGUCCAUUCUCCCAAAUUAAAUGUAGCGAAUAAACUACAAACAUGUGUCGUGUUUUUCCCCAUCAAUCUUUUGUGCGCAUGUAUGUAUCGCCUUAAAUGUUAACAUCCUCACCCAUAUGAUUUCUCCAGCUCCGAACACUUCCAAGCAAACACACGAAGAUACUCGCAUUAUGAUUUUCUCUUCAUUCCGGGAUAGUGUCCAGGAGAUUGCCAAAAUGUUACACCAACAUCACCCAAUGGUUCGCGUUAUGACUUUUGUUGGACACUCAAGCAGUGGAAAAAACAUUAAGGGCUUCACACAGAAAGAACAGCUUGAGGUACAUGAACAAAACGUUCACCAUUAACUAUUCAAAGUGGUGCCUCUCAAACCCUCUUUCAAGGGUCAUCUGACUAUCCAUUGAGGCUAUAAUUGAUGGGCAAUCCUAUUUUACAACUAUGCCCGAUAGGCAUUUCAGUGGUUGUUGACCUAGAAUUAGUAGAUUGUGUUGGAGCCUUAUCUCGUUGCUAGAUAUUUCCAGUUGACCGUACUCUUGUAUCUUCUGUUAAACCAGGUUGUAAAGCGGUUUCGUGAAGGAGGAUAUAAUACUCUAGUCUCUACAUGUGUAGGAGAAGAAGGACUUGACAUUGGUGAAGUGGAUUUGAUCAUUUGUUUUGAUGCCCAAAAGAGUCCAAUACGUCUUGUUCAGAGAAUGGGUCGAACAGGGAGAAAACGCCAAGGCCGAAUUGUUGUCAUUCUGGGUCAAGGACGGGAGGAGAGGGUAAGCCAAUAUUUGGAAGUAAUAUAACACUACGUAAAGGGCUAUUAAUAUGUAGACCAUUUUUUUUUUUUUUUUUUUGCAUGGGUCAUUGGUAUUUCAUUUUUAAAGUCUCCAUUCCACAUUUUUCUAGUUGCUUUAACCCCUUAAGGACCAAACUUCUGGAAUAAAAGGGAAUCAUGACAUGUCACACAUGUCAUGUGUCCUUAAGGGGUUAAAGAUACAAGACUGGUUGCACGAAGCAUCUGUGUGCUAUAGUCACUGCGGCAAGUUUGUCCUGUCUUAAAUUUAUUGAUACAGACAUAUGUUACUUGCAGUCGCUACGAUAUUGGUCAAUAUCUCCCCAUUGACAAGUCUUCAGCUUUGUGUUAUUCAGCAAUUAGAUACCCCAGGGUGCCCAAAAAAAUGGUACUUUCAUGCUGUCAUCAAUAAGUGACCUUUUUUGGAGAGAAAUAUAGAGUAGAGGCGCUAAUUACGAGCAAUUAUUUCUUAUAAAGUAGGUUACAAAUCUCAGGGGAUAUGGAUCUGCAAGGCUGAACAUCCUGUUUCGUCAUGUCACAUCCAGCAGGGUAAAGACUCGGUUGAUGUGUAGUUAUACAGUAUCUCAUGGCAGCUACUGGUAUAAACAUCAUAUUAGAAAUAAACCGUAUUAAAUACUGGGGAAAAUCGUAGGAACAAAUUGAUCUGAUACAGUGUCAUCUUGACAGCAUUACAGGCCCCCGGGCAAAACAGUGCACUGGGGCCCUCCCUACACAACCACUCACAGAAAGGAAAAUGUAAAUUAUCAAUACAAUGAAGCUUAUAUAUAGUAUAUUUAUGUAAUCCGUGUUUAAAUAAUAAAAAAACAUGCUGUACAGCAGAGAUUAAUCCACACAAAUGUUUAAUAGGUAGCAGAGGGAGGCAACUGACAUGGACUGGUAAAAAUAUUAGAUCAACUUCAUUAUAGCUUUAUUGCUUUUAAAUCAUUGUGCGUGUGGAUUUUGAAUUAUGUACAAUUAGUAUGGGUACGUUGUUUUCAAUCAGGUCAAUUUAUGUAUUCGCAACCACAAAAUCGCAUGUUCAGAUACUGAGGGGAUUAGUCCACCUAAAUGUUUUAAUAAGGAGGGUUUGAAGGUUCUGGAAAAAAAACUCCCAGAAUAAAAUACUGAAAAGUAGGCAAGCCUGUGGGGCCCCUGGGCAACAUCCCAGCGUGCCCAUGUGUUAAUACAGCCCUGGAUACAAAGGGGAGCAACAGUUGUAAUGAGGGUUGUAGGAUGAACUCAGAGGACAGGGAGGACACCUGCUGGUUCUGACUGAAAAGGGUAGAAGAGUAAAAACAAGAACCCUUCUACUCAGCUAACUUAGAGAGGAUAAAGCCACCACCAACAGGACUUCUGUUCCAACCCAAGUAAUUGGCCUAAAUGUUGAAACUUGGUCUCUUUUUAGUAGAUAAACCAAUUCGCAAAUGGAAAAGUAAAAAGAGAGCCGUUCUGCUCAUCUCACCUUCUCCAUAUCAUAUUUCAGUGGUUGUGCAACCUUUUAUCUUAACACAAAACUUUUUUCAUUUCAGUAUAGAUAUGAUGACACUAAUACCAUUAUGAUACGACCUGUGCACAUUCCUUUAAAGGAACUGUAGAUACUAUCACAAUUUUGCCUCAUUGAAGUGGUUAUAGUGCCAUGAGUCCCCUGAUUGUGUACCUCAAUUCAGUGUUUAAACAUUUCCAAGUAAUUUAACAGUAAAUAAGUGUUCCUGGCCACCCAGAGCCCAACCCCCACUGGAACAUGCUUCCUUCAAGCCAUACCAAUUCUUACCAUCAAUGGGCUCUGUGAAAGACUGAAAUCACAGCUGCCCAUUGUUGUUCAGGCUAAUGCUUCCUCACAGUGGGGGAUGCGCUGAUAGGAACUCUUGUUUACCAUUGAAACAUUAAAAACUAUUUAACCGUAAAUGGAGGGACUGUGCCAGUGGGACACUAUAAUCCCUUGAAUAAGAUGAAGCAGUUAUGGUGCAUACCGUUUCCCUUUUAUUUAAACUAUGGCUCAUAAAGGGGUGUAAAUGAACGAUAUUCCAUAAUUUCUGGUGGUAGAGGUGCCACUGUGAUGGCAAUUAUUGCAGCUACAUAGAUCCAGCAAAUACGUAGAGCUCACUCUGAUAUAAUUAUAGAUGUUUUAAUUAGAAAAUCAAGUUCCAAAACACUGCAAAAAUCCUGCUUGGUGGAAAAAUGUAUAAUUCUUCUGCAAAAAGCAAUCUUUAUGAAAAAUGAAAAAGCGAAUAAUAUCCGGAAUAUUAAGUAAUAUAAACUGCUUCAACAAGUGUGCUACACCCGACACAAAGAGCUUUCAGUUAAAUAGCGAUCCACCAAAAUAGAACAAAUACUCUUAUUUGUUUUUAACCAUGAAUUAAAAGAUGGACGGCCCUUUCGUUUGAUUGUUAAUGGAAUCCCCUGUAACUGAGAGUCUAGUUACCUCGGUGCAGCUUGCUCACAAAGCCCAGAGUAUGGGUUCAUAUAUGCAUGUUUAUGGAUUUUUAGUUAAUAACGAGUAUUAUAGCAAUAAAUGCUCUGCUUUUUCCCAAAAAGUAUCUAGAACCAUUUUAAAGAUCUUUGCUGAAUUUGAUAAAACAACAUCUCGGGAGAGAAUUCCAUUUCCUGGUUUCUUAUUUGCAUUUCCUUUCUCAUGGCAGACAUAUAACCAAAGUCAGAGCAAUAAGAAAAGCAUCUACAAAGCAGUAUUGGGGAAUAACAAAGCGUUUCAGCUCUGUUCUCAGAGCCCUCGCAUGGUUCCUGAAGGUUUAAACCCUAAGGUGCACAAGAUGUUCAUCACACAGGGAACAUAUGAAAACAAAGACAGCGUCCCACCUCUCUCCAAUGGCAAACGUUCAAGCCUCGGACACCACAGAUUAUCUCUGUUCGAUCAAAACGGUAUUUACCAUAGCCACUGUUGCCGUGUGUCUGCACUGUGGGGGGUAUAUAAGUGGGCAUUUUAGAAACAUUAUAUUUAAUGAAACUUUUUAAAAAUAAACUUGUAAUGAGUUGUGUAUGCUAGUUAACUAGAACUAUUGUCCAUAACGUUUUACCAGAUUCCCUAAAAGAAGGCUGGCCUUUGACACACAGAGAAUUUGAGACUUGGAGCAGUUUAUACCGAUUAAAUGAAUCUGAUGGAAUUACGGAUGUUUUGCUACCAAGAUCUAGAUUUGAAUCCUUCAAAGCAGCUGAUGAUACGCCAGUAAGUCCAUUCACGCUUGGCGUUACAAGCUCGUCAUUCACGUUCUUCUCAUUACUCUAUGCGUGUCUCCUAUGGAGCUUUUUUAUUUUUUAUUAUUAUUAUUCUGUGAAAUAAAUUAAUUAUAUCAUUGUAUCAUUACAAUUAGCCUUUCAGCUUUUAAAGAAUUGCGAUCCAGUAAAAAUCUAAUCGCUUAGUGAGAUAAGAAUAUUGCUCUUCUGGGGGAAAAAAAUUAAAAGCUUGCUAUUCCUGUGGAUAAUUCCUAAUUGUGCAGCACUGCGGAAUGCGUUGGCGCUUUAUAAAUGCCAGUAAUAAAUAAAGAACACUUUAUGCAUAUAUGCCUUGUUGAGCAUGAUAGAACCAGGACCAUAAAUUCCUUGAGCCCACACCAUUCAUCUACUCAGCUCUAGUAUAAAUAUUAAAGGGACACUCUAAAUCACUGUUUAGAAGAUAUACUCCCAGUGAAUACAUGUAUGCAUUUUUUUAAUACAUGUAUUCAUUCUUAUGAACUGUAGCCUUUUCCCCAGCAGAGAAUUUCUCAUUGAGAAGCCUCUGAAUUGGUGCACUGGGGUGCGUGCCAGAUUUCUUUUCUGAAGCUUUUGCAAACCCUCCCCUUCUAACCCAGCCCUGACUUUCUGUUGCUGGACAAUCACAGACUUCCCAAUGCAGCUCAAUGAGAAGUCUUUGAAAGGCAGGUGCUCUGGGUAAUUGCUGCCUCUUGAGUUUAGCUCCACUGAGCUACUAAACAACCAGGAAAUAACAGGACUGGCUGUCUGAUUGAAAGCCAGGGGAAUGUAACAAGGUUGAUCUGUAAAAGGGGAAUAGGUGUUUUGAGUGUUCCUUUAAAUUCAAAAUAUGUAUUUAAUAUCUACUUUUUUCUUCUUCUCAUUCUAAUGUUAACUUUGUCAAUCUUUACUACUGUGAUUCAGGAGGAGCCUGAUCCCCCACCUGGAAAUGUCCACAAGCUCUCCCUUACCGAAUGGCGGUUAUGGCAGAACCAGUCCCUUCCCACAGAGUUCGUAGAUCACUCAGACAGAUGCAAACAUUUCACUGCAACCAUGGAAAUGAUUGAGUUGAUGAGACUUGAAGAGGUAACAGAUAAUAAAUACCGGCUAAGCAUUUUUAAUGGCAGCAAAUAUUUAAGUGUUUUUUUUUGUUUUGUUUUUUUACUAAAGUACCCAGUUAAAAACAAAGUAAAACAAAAAGCUGAUAUAAGGUUUGUGGCUGUCUGCAAAAACCAAACCAGGAAUCUGUUUUAAUAGGGGCAGGUAAAGUUUGAUGUUGUUCAUGCAGUAUAUAAAUAUAUGGUUAAUUCUCUGUUUGGUAGCUAGGAAGCAUCUUCUAUUAUUCAGCUGUUACAUUUGCUGGAAACACCAUCGUAUACGUUGACAUUGUCUUUUUGUUUGUUUGUUUAGAGACUUUAUGUUUAUUUGCCAAGUCCAUCACAUUCACCUUUCAUAAAUAGGAUUAAAGAUCUUUAAAAGUCUUGAAAUUUCUCUGUAAUUGUGUUGGGAGCCUUUUCUGCUUCCCUUCCAUAUACUGCCAAAAAAGCUCCAUUCUGCCCAUUCUCACUGUACACAAAAGUCGCCUCACAGACAAAAGCGCUAUUGUUUGAAGGUGAAACAUACAAAACCCCAUUCCCACCAAAACACUUUUAUAUUAUCUCGUAAUGACCUCAUUUUGAAAGAAAAUUGAUCAUGACCUCUUAUUUUCAUUAACUCGUUUCACUAAUGAGGCAGAGGACAGAUCUUUAUAAUGGUUGCAAACAUUUUCUCUCUCUUAUUCGUAUGAUUUACUAAUGUACAACCUGUCUCUUUUCAUGAUAGCUGGUAAUUUACAGAAUGUUUUGAACAGACGGUUUAUAAAGCAGCCCGAAGCGGCAUCUAUAUUUACCAUAUUAUGUACGAUUAUAAUGUUGCUGCAUCUUUUAGAAAUUCUAAUAGUUAUUAAACUAAUGUUUCCAUGAUUGACACUGGUGAAUUGUGCAUUAAUGUUUCCUAUAACCCCAAAGGGAGCGGUGGAGGGGUGUAAUCAAAAAUCACAAAUUGAUUUAAAGACAUGACAAGUAACUAGCCGAUAGAAAUGUGCAGUGAAUUAAGAGGGUUAACCACACGUGUUGUCUUGUUCCUUCGUUUUUGGAGUUCUGCUGAAGCUCUGUGUGCAAAAUCCACAAAAAGCAGGCCUUUUGUCUGCAGGAAAAAAAAUAAAUACAAGAUUAUUUGAGAUUAAAAGGGAAAUGCGUUGACUAGAUAUAGAAACAUAUUUGACUCAGGCCUUACGAGAACUUUAUUUUAAUUUUAAUUUUGUUUGUUAUGUAAUACUAUUGUGAUCGAUGUAAGGUGGAUAAGAAUAUUUAGCAAAAAAAUGUCUUCCCUUAAAAAGUAGAAGAAUUUGAUAAAUCUUUGUGUUAUUUUGCGUUCUGGUGUUUUUUUGCCUUUCUAUAAAAAGAAGAAAAAAGUGAAAUUAUGCUGUCCACAAGAUCAUCACUUUAAAUUGCAGGGCAUCAACAAUAGUCAUUUUAAUAUCGGUAGUUUUGUUUGGGUUAUUUGCUUUUUUUGUUGUUUUGCUACUCACUGUUCAUACUGGGAACCAUUUCUAUUUUGUUUGAAAUCAUUUCAGGGUGUGUGCAGUUAUGAUUUGGAAAUGAAGUCUUACUUGCACAAGGAAGAUGUUGGGAUGAAGAAAGUGCCAGCCAAGUCCCACCUCACCCACUCCUCCACUAAUAGCCCAAAACAUCUAGUACCUUCUACAACAACUUUGAGGGACGCCCCACAUUCAUCAGUUGAGACAGAGUCAGAUUUUAAGUGCAGCGUAAAGUCAACAUCUACUAGUCUGAAGCCCAUCUCAAGAUCCCAUUUGUCUGUUGCUUUAAGUCCAGAUCCUGCCGAUUCAGUGUCUCCACCUACUAUUUUGGAAGGACCACUCAUGCCAUCUGAAUUUCCAGCAUUAGAUCCUUUUAAUGGCGAAGGCAUUGACGCACCGCUCUCCAGACCUAAGACCAGUUCUGUAUCUGAUAAAAAAAACAGCAAAUUGUCUCCUUGCACAGAAGAUGUGCAGUCCAAAUCACACACAUUUGACUCUGGCUUUCAGUGUUUUAAUGACAAUUCAUCUGCAUUUUCAAGUAUGUCCUAUGGUCCUCCGACACCUUCUAAUGAUUUUGUGUUUACUGAAUUUCUUGCUGAUCGGCAACAUGAGUGCCAGGAUAUUUUAUCACGAACAAAACAGUUUUUAUCCCGUUCUCCCCCGCCUUUAAGUAGUCUUGAUGACUUUGAUAUAGCAGAAUUUACUAGUGCUGCACAAAGUAUUUUUCCUGAUUUGAAAAGAGAGCAUCUUGAAUCACUUACACCUAUAAAGGUCACCACUGAUAUUCCAAAAUUAAAGAAUAAACCUGACCAGUCCAUGCAGGAUUAUUUAAGUGAUGUAAUAUCUUCUGAUAUUGCAGUGGAAAUUCAUAGAAAUCUGGUUGUGUUAACACCAGAGUUUGAAAAGCCUUUGUGUGAAAGUAAAAUAGUUUCAGCUUACUGUGAAGACAUGCCCAAUCAAGAGACUCGUAUUAAAAAUAUUAUCUCUAAAGAACCUGAAGAUGAUGAAAAUGACCCAGAAUGGGAUCACAUCUUUGAAUGUGACAAUGAGCAGUUGGAUUUCUCCCCUAAAUCUACACUUUCUCCAUCUCUGUCUGUGGAUCAUCUGCUGGAAGAUGAUGCAGCUUCUCCAACCAGAGUCACUUUGCCUGACCACCAAGACAUCAGCUCUGAGCUGUUUGAAGAUGAUCCUUUUUGUGACAUUGUCCAAGAGAAUUCAAACAGUGGACAGGGGAAAACCAUAGAAACUACGAGUGUGACUUUUAACCUGUUUGAUCCAUCAAUUCUUCAGGAUGGGUCUGAACAAGAUAGUGAUACCAAUGAGAUCUCGUCCUCAGCAUAUGACUGUUCUGAAGAGAUGUUUUCUGUUAAUUUUGAUCUUGGAUUCUCAGUUGACGAUAGCAGUUUAGAAAGUGAAGCGUCUUCGAAACAUGGAUCAGAUGCGAAUUGCGAGAAUGACUUGCCUCACACUCCAUUCAAGGAGAGCACGACGGAUGUUAUAGAAGGUAACAAGUUUACUUUGACUUUAGGAUAUAUAUCUUAAACACUUCCCUGUGUUCACCACUACCAUCCAUUUUAAUUUGAGUUCCUAUAAAACAGUGAUUCUUGGCCUUUGGGAUAAGACUCAGUGGGCCCCCAUAACGUUUUUAGUGGGUUGUCAGAGGUAAGGACAAGCGGGCCCAAGGUAACUGCCUACCAUGAAUUGUUUACUAUGGAGGCAUAUUGUUUACCAGUGUAGUGGAGACUACUUUGAUACUAUGACCAUUACGACUUCAGCUUCUUGAAGUGGUUUCAGUUUUAGAGCACUGUGCCCCUAUUUAUUUACACGUCAGUGUUUCAUUGUGUCAACAAGAAUCAGAAUAAUUUGUAGCUGUACCUAGAACCCUUGUCAGUGGGAAGAAUUGAAGGAACUGUUUGGGCACCAUAACAAAUUCAUAGAAAUUAAGUUGUUAUGGUGCCAGGAGGCCACUGGCACUGGCUUAUCUCUAGGGGUUUAACAGUUCUCAAAAAUUUAACUACAAAGUCUGUGCUGUUCUGCUCUGCCCCCCUGCUAUUACACUUUCUAAAAAUCUUAACAGAAGGAUUUUAUUUAAAAUGAAUGGCGAGCUUCUCACUGGUUUAGAGUGUCUGCUAGCCUCUCUAAGUCAGUCAGCGAUGCCACUGCUCGAUGUUGCCAGAGCCUUCAGUUAUAAAGAAUUUCAGAAAGGGGAAGGACAGGGGGGCACCACGGACUGGCACUGAUGCACAGACUUCAUGGUUAAACCAUUCGUGAACUGUUUAACCCCUAAAGGUAAGCCAGCGCCAGGGACCUCCUAGCACCAUACCUUCCUUUUUAUUUAGUUAAAAGGACAGUCUAUGCAUUAAAAGCACACCAUCUUAAUGAAGAAAUUUCAAGGCAUAGACACUGCCUGGGCAGCUUUGCAAAGAAAAACAGUGUUUUUGAGAAUAGUGACUAUAAGACACAGCCUCUAGGAGCUUUCCACCGAUGAGUUUUUGUCUUCGGCAUAUGACUGUUCUGAAGAUGUUUUCUAUUAAUUUUAAUCUUGGAUUCUCAGUUGACCAUAGCCUUUCAGAAUGUGAAGCGUCUCCAAAACGUGGAUCAGAUGCUGAUUGCAAGAACAACAUGUCUCACACUCCCCCCAAGGAGAGCAGGACAGAUGUUAUAGAAGGUAACAUACUAACCCAUCUAACUAUAUAAUAUGUAUCUGUAAAACACACUUCCCUAUGUUCACCACUGCUACUAUCCGUUUUAAUUGUAGUUUUUAUAGAACAGUGAAAAUGCCAAUGGAAAAGGCUCAAUGGGCCCCCAUGUCAUUUUAGUGGGUCGUUAGAGGUAAGAACAAGUAGACCCAAAGUUGCAAUGAAUCGUUCACUAUGGAGACAGUGUAUCCCAGUGUAGGGGAGACCACUUUGAUGUUAAGACUGUUUGCAAAAUUUUGAGGAACCAUAACCAGUUCAGCUUAUUAAAGUGGUUUUGGUUCCAUAACACUGGCACUGUUUGUUUACAAGUCAGUGUUUAAUUAGGACAACACGAGAUCAGAAUAGUUUGUAGCUGUACCUAGAAGCCUUGUCAGAGGGAGGAAUUAAAGGAACAGUUUGGCAGUCUGGAAUUAAAAACAUUUACCAAGUUCCUAAAGCUGCACAGCUUAGAGGUAGACUGCAGCUUCUCUAACCAGGAAAGCGGGUCCACUAGUCAGCAGCGAUAUAGCGCUAAAUAGGAAUCUGUACCAGGCACAGACAAUGACUCUUUUAAUGCUUUACUUGGACCUUAACUGAGUGUGAGGAACAAAUAUCUCAACCAACGUUUCUGCUCACGUAUGUGCACGCUCAUUGCUAACUUUUCUAGCAAGGAGAAAGGUCCUGUCUACUUGCACGCGCAAGUUAGACAAAACUGACACGAGUUGCCGUAACUGAGCAUACCAGCUGUCUGACGGCCAGAUCGGGGUCACUCUUGUAGAAUCUGGGUGUGAUUAUUUUAGUUUAUAUUGUUGCAGUUAUAAGAGUAGAUGCAGGGUACUCUCUGCUCCUUAAUGGUGCUUUAGGUUACCAUUUAAGUGAAUUUGAUACUUUGAGUCAUUGGAUUGCUCCAUGGAAAGAUGUGACUGUUAUGGAUUGUCUGGAAUCUAGAAUGUUAACCUCUCUGUAUGUAAAAUAUUACUGACUGUAAAGGGGGAAGAAAUCAGGUUGACUAGGAUACGUGUUGGAUAAAACUGUAUGAACUGUAAAUUAUUAUUAGUAUUUUUUAUUUUUUAAAUGAAGAAUUCAGCUUUUAAGGAAACAAAAUUAUAGACAAAUAAAGCCUUGUUGUAAAACUAAAUUAGAUGCAAUUUGUUUUCCAUUGUAAUCGAUGUCUGUUUUACUUUAUUUUGUGCGUCGCCAUGCUCACUGUAAUGUUUGCUACGUCUCAGUAGGAAGCAGUUCCGAAAGCGAAGACUCUGUGGUUUUCAGAAGAAAAAGAAAAUUAACCAAAAUCAAUGUGCUCAAGUCCCCAGAGGUAAUUUGUGUGUGUGGGGGGGGGGGGGAAUACAUAUUCCAUUAUAAGUAUGUUCUAAACUCUCUUCUAGACACAUUUUGUGUUUUUGUUGUGUCUUUUGUUUUUAUUGUUUUAUCUUUAAAUAUUUGUUCCUAAUUUGUUUUCCCAAGAUUGGCAGCAGUGACUGUGACUUUGAUUCACCAAUUCCCGUGGUGAAGAAACGAAAACGCGUCUUUAGAACUGUAAGUAUGGGUUUGUGUUUAAAAGUGCCCUACUAAACCUGUGUAUGUGAUGUCGGGAAAAGGUCUGAUUUUUCAAGGCGUGUCAUUCAGGUCUAUAGUAGCUAAAUCCCCUUAGCCCCAUGUUCACAUUCCCAUCACUAUUGCUCGGCUGCAGGGUCUACGUUAUUAAGAAACAAUGUACAAACAAGCCAAAGCAAAACAUUGUGUAAGCUCUCUUGUCAACUCCAAAGCAAGCCUAUUAGAGGAGUCUCACUCUGUGUCUAAUUCUUACACACUUGCUAAACCUCUAGUCCAUACAGAAACAAAUCUGACACAGAAAAAUGAGACCCAUUUAUUAAAGGGACUUCACAGAAGCCUAUUGUGUGCCGUACAGUAAUGUUUAUGGUGGUUGGGGGCUAUAGAUGUUGUCCCCAAUAAGCCAAGCAUGGCUAUUUACUAAUGUAAGAAUUUAAAUUUAAGGCCAGAGUGGAUGAAGUGAAAGCAUGGCUGAUUUAGCCAUUUUUUCUAUAUCUCUAGUCCCUAGAGGUCAUUUAUCUUGGUGAAGAAAAUGUUGACCUUAAAUUUGAAAUUCACUUUUAAUUUUUACCCUUGAAGUGUUUGCACAGAGUCAGCAUGCAGGCUGCCUGUGUGUGGUGUCACUUGUGGCGCCAGACCAGCUGAGGAUUGCUUUAGAGGUUGGGCUGCUCUGUUCAUCGUAGAAUUACCAUUAAACUUCUGUCUGGGCUACGACAAACGUGGGGUGAUGUCUAUGAAGGGUGCAGCAGCAGUCUGGAUUGUCAGAUCUGCUUUGUCAUGUUACGAGGCAUAAAUAGUUCUGCUUUGAUUUGCCGAGCUGUCAUUUCAUUAUCCCCCAGGAAUCCUGUAAGCAUACGGCUUUCAUUAAUGUGAGGAAUUGGAAAAUAUGGAGGCUCAAAACUGUUACACAAAGUGCAAUUUGUACCUUUCUGCCAGCCCCUUCUGUUCAUUCUGUGUUUGUUCUUUUUAUACUGUAACAGCUGUUAUAUUUGACAUUGUGUAGCUUUAAGUGAAGUUUAUCACAUACAAAAUAUAGACCAUUUAUAAAGAUAAAAUGUAAUCAAAGGCAGAAUGUUUCUUAGCAACAGCAUUGCUUUCUUCAGAUAACGCACAAGUGUUCUCUUCUGUGCUUUGCAAAGCUUGGGAUUUGAAGAGCGUUGAAUGGUGGGAGAGAAUGUGUCCUUGCAGCCCCUCCAAACAAAAAGCCGGUUAGGGCUUAUUGUUCUUUCCAAUGUCAUAAUGUGAAAAGAUGCCGACAACCCCCGGCUCUGCGAAAAAAAGCUUUUCAUUCAAACAGCAAAAACAGAUUAUCCUUUGAGGGAAAGAAGAAAAACAAUUUUCUAAAACACUAUGAAUCAAAAAUUACAACCUAAUGGUUAAAAACCCGAUUAUGGACAUAAAAGUAAUGUAAAAGUGCUUUUGUGCAUUUCCCCCCCCCCCCCAUUUUUACAGGUGUGUGUGUGUGUGUGUGUGUGUAUAUGUAUAUGUAUAUAUGUGUGUGUAUAUGUAUGUGUAUAUAUAUAUAUAUGUAUGUGUGUAUAUAUAUAUAUAUAUAUAUAUAUAUAUAUAUAUAUAUAUAUAUAUAUAUAUAUAUAUAUAUAUAUAUAUAUAUAUAUAUAUAUAUAUAUAUAUAUACACACACACAAGCAAUCUUACACUCCAACUUACUUGUCUUUUGCCGGUGCUUUGUAGUUACAAAGUGCUAUCUCUAUACUACUUGGAUAUGUGUGUAUGUGUGUGUGUGUGUGUGUAUGUAUAUAUAUAUAUAUGUGUGUGUGUGUGUGUGUGUAUAUAUAUAUAUAUAUGUGUGUGUGUGUGUGUGUGUGUGUGUGUGUAUAUGUAUAUAUAUAUAUAUAUAUAUAUAUAUAUAUAUAUAUAUAUUCCACGUGUCCUGCACUCACUGCUCCCGGUCUUUUUAUUGUCUAGGUGCAAUCUCCGACCUUAGAAUAAACGCUGUCUUGAUGGAGAGCACUCACAGGACUCAGAAAUGUGUGUGUGUAUAUAUAUUUAUUUAUUAUACCCAAAAUUAACAAAUUGUCUUUAUUUUGUAAUUGUAAUAGCAUGUACUUAAUGUUACAAUUACUAGAAGGUUAAUGGCAAAGCGAAACUCUGAGUGUAUAAAUGUGGCGUGAUUUCAUGGAAAUACAUUAUACUGACAGAAUGUAAGUGAACUUUCAGUAAUCAAUAAAGACUGGGCUAUACGAGCAAUGCAAAAGUAAAGGAAUACUAGAAUGUUAAUAAUACACAUUUGUAUUCAUAUUGCCCUGGUAGCAGUUUAGGUUCCGGCCCCCACCUGAAGGAAGUAAAAAAUGUUUGUUUACCUUUUCUCUCACAGCGCUGGUCUACACGCUGACAUCCCACCUCCUUGUCUGUGAUCAGCAAGGUCAUAGGGAAAGCAUUGGUGGCUAGUGCGCAUGCACAUCAAAAUGCCGCUCUACGAGCCCAUCUGAUAGAAACCGCAGGGUUUUACUCAGCAAUUACAGAAAAAGCACCUCUCGUGGCCUUCUGAGUGAUGGUAACUAGAGACUUUAAACCCUACUAUGAAAACAUUGCUGUUCCUGCAGAAUGUUUUACGCUACAGGAUUACAUUUGGGGGUUCAUGGCGCCCAAACCACUUCAUUGUAGAUAAAGGGGUCUGGGUUCCUAUAGUGUCCCUUUAAGGAAUAGCACCUCAAAAAUAUAAUUUUUUUUAAAACUAAUGGUUACUCCAAACACCAGGACAACUUCAGUGACUUGAAGUGGGCAUGGUACUUGAAGUCUGUCUUUAACUCUGUAUGUGCAGUAUUUCAAAGGUUAAUGGCCUUUGAUGCCAGAGGUGUAACUUUACAUCCGGCAUCAUAAGCCAGGCAUCUGAACAAGGGUUCCAGGGUGGCUAAUGUUAACGUCUUGGUAUGCUGGCAGCAGACUCCCCAUGGCGGGAUUGUCCCCCUAACACCAACCAUCCCCCUUCUCCCCCCCACCCGAUAUCCUUUACAUAGCCUGUCUUACCGAAGUUUAAGGGGAAUGACAUUGCAAGAGGGAGGAUUGGCUGCAGGCAGAACUUUUUUUUUUUAUUAUUAUUCUUUUUUUUUCAUAGUGCAUAGAUAGACAUACCAGCUUGUUAUGCUACGACCGCAGUAACAAUCACUUGGUACAUACAUCUAGAUACAGUGUCAUAGCAUGUGAGAAAGAUGCACGUUUUUAUGGUAUUUAAUACACAGGCUAAACUAGAGGUCUCAACUUGGUUAAAGAACAAUAAUACGAACAAUCACGUGUGUCAUGCAUGAAGGUGCCAGGGUUAGUAUGUUAAUCAUAAAACAUGGCAGUUUGUAAAGACAUUUUAGCAGACAAUUAUAAGAGUGUCUUGAGUGGUAUGGCUAGAAAAUGUUGCGAGAUAAAACGUUGCACUGUUAUUGUAGUUAGCAUUCUAUGCACCUAAGACAUAUAGCCAAUAUAUGCAGUUUAGUAACCUAGGCUUUAAGUAAGUGUCAAGUAAUGAGCUUGGCUAAUAAAAAAGAAGAAAAAAAACCAAGGUGUGAAGCGUAUAGCAUAAGCGUAGAACAAGAUAAGUCCCCUAGGAGGCCUGAAGCCAGACAGAGGGAUAGAGUGUUAGUCGCGGAGUGGGUAUGUAGCCUGAACAGCGGCAUAAGAGCUGGUGAGGUAGGCGGACUUGGCCCAGAUAUCCCCAGAGGGUAAGUUGGAUGGCCAAUGUGUCCUGUAGGCCCAGGUUAACCUAUGCCAGCCAGAGGAUGUGUCAAGUUCUGUAGCCAGGAGGAAUAUUGCGGGCAGUCAUAGCUUGAGGAGCCCUGGCAGUUUAGGUCUCUCAUCCCAGUCAGGGUUCCCCCCGGUACCUCAAAGAGGGCAGGAGCUCUGGUGUUAGCCCGCUGUCUUUGUUGCUGCCGGCUGCUUUGCGGGGAAGCAAGUACUUGCGGAGGGUCUUAUUUUUGCGCUGUCAAGUAGGUUUGUGUGCGGGUGGGAGACGUCCCUUUCUCCGACGCCUGAUGCCAUCAUGCUUCGGUCUGGGGACUGCAUGUCUGCUUCGGGAGCUUGGAGAGGGCAUAUCAGGCAAGCAGUCGUCCGCUGUGUGUGUUGCAGCUUUCUUUAAUCUGUGUGCCAAUUUCCUUCAGAAGGCAUCGAAGGUGCUUGCCAGCCUUGCUAGGAUAUCGGGCGCUUCCCCACAGUGGGUUGGAGUGCACGUGGCGUCAAAUGUGUCGGCCCAUCUUCUGCCUCUUGUAUAGCCGGGCUGCCUCCCAGGCUUGGACUGGGGGGGAGUGGGGGAGCAUGGUGUCUGGGUCCGCUGAUGUAUGUACGAGGAAAGCAGCCGUCUCUCCUCAGUUCCAUCACCUGCAGGCCGUGGCCAGACUUCUCGGGCAUUUGCACCCCAAAGUGCUCAAGUGAGGUAUCUGAAGAAUCACCAGGGCCCCCGUUGGUAACCAAAACUUAUUUUUGAGGGGCUACUUCUCAAUAAAUUGUGGUUAAAACCAUAUCCAAACUACUUUUUAUUUUGUUUUAACUCCCCUCCAUCCUUCCACAUGAUAAUCAUAGAUCUCAUCUGCAAAUUGCCAGUGUGUUGCUCAGUUAACAAUUUGGCUAAUUGUUGGCAUCACAAAAAAGGAAGGCUAUUAAAUAGAAUGCACCAAAGAGCAAUUCUCUUCAAAUCAGAAAUGUAAAGGCACCACAGCUGCUAUAUGCUGAUUUUGCUUUUUUUUUUUUUUUUAAAGUUAAUUUUUUUUUUUUUAUGCUCAACAGUAAUUUAUUGUAUUUUUAUGAAAUUGUGGUUGGUUUUAUCCUGUUUCACAACAAAUAUCACCAUCAGUGUUUUGGCCACAUCUGGGGAUUUUUAAGAUGACUCUCGAUAAGUCUCAUUAAAUUACAUUACAUUCUUGUUCAAUUAAUUACUUUCUAUUAAUUAACGUAAGUGGAGUUUCUUGUAGUAAAAUUGUCUUUGUGGGUAAUAAGCUGGCAGUCCCUCAGUUAGCCCAAAUCAUGUAUGGUGAUAUGCCACAAUUACAAUGGGUCUUGCUAUGUAUUAGUGCUGGUGUCUGUGUGAAGCUCAUAAUCCUCUUUUUCCAUAGGGCUAUGCAAGAGAAUUUUUUGAUGACCAGGCAGAGCUGUCCUCAGGAGGAGAAUUGGUUUCCUCUGAUGAAAAUGACGCAUCUGAAAAUGAACAAGAUACAUCCAUUGUAGACUUUCUGAAUGACAACACUCUAACACAAGGUUUGAAAACCACCCAGCACCAAAGAAAUAGUUAAAGUUAGACUAACAAACUCAUAGCAGCACAGAAAGGCAGUAUAAACCCACUAACUCGCUCUCUGCUGCUGGAGGCAGCUUACUGUGGCCAGAUGCUCCUAGUUUUUUGGAUUUUGGCCUUAAUUUUAUUCUGACUUUCUGUUUGUUAACCUGUCGGGUAGGUGAUAGGUUUUUGUUUUUCAUAACUUGAACAAAAAAAGUGAACUAUAAUGCAUGAAAAGGAAAUAAAUAUAUUAACGGAAGACUAUAGCAUUGGAAUUAGAAAACUGUAAUUUGUCGUCUUCGCAAUGAUUUGAUUGAUUUAUUUUUGUUUCAGUUCAGUAAGACUUUCAAUGGUUCUGUUAAUGGGUUGAUUUGUCUUCUUGAGCGGUCAGCGUAAAGCCUGGGAAUAUUUUUAACCAAGCAAAGAAUGAAAAUGUUGCUGAGAAGUUCACAAUGUUAUUGUUAUCAUGAAGACACAGUUAUGGACUUCUUGGCAGCCAUGAGCAUCUUGUUAUCGAAUGUUGUUAUUGUGAUCAUGGCCAUGAUGUACCGGUAGGUUUUAAUAGAAUUUUUCUUUUUCUUUUUUUUUCCUGGUCUGACCCUUUUUCUUAGAUCCUGAGAUGCAUGCAAUAUAUCUAAAGUCUUUACGUAGCCCAGCUCUUGGAAACCGGUUUAAAAUGGUGGACAGAAAGAAAACAAAUAUGGCUAUUUUCUCCCAGGUACGUAGUAACGGGUUUAACACUCUCCUAUCAGCUUUACAGUAUGCUAGUUGCUCUUAUUGCCGUAUAAUUUAACUGUCUUUUUUAGAGUUAUUUUAAAAUUUGGUCUUAGAUUUACACUCCUCUAAUUUUGGAAUAUUUUGGGGCCUUAAUGAGUUAAAAUGCAUAUACAAUCUGUUUCCACCAUAGCCCUCCAUGUUGAUAAAAAUCCCUUAUUUAAAAAAACCAAAAUCCUCAGGCGACACAGGCCCUGACGCUUGGAGUAGGGAUACAUAAGGCAAAGAACCUUAGAAACACUAGCCACAGUGAAACGAGCGGGGGUGCGAUGGGCAGCAAACUAACGCUCGUAUACUGGAUUUGGUAUUACAUAUCACCGUAUAGAAGCCGGUUGCGGGGGUAAGGGGGGUGGGGUGGAAGGGGGCGAGUUGGGGAGCAGGAGGGGGAGUCCUAGCAGAGGUGGAAGGGGGACGCGGCACUCGGGUACCGAGGCAACCGCAAGACGCAACCAUCACGUAAUUGAGUGCCUGGGAUUUUCUUUUUGUACUAUGUUCUGUUCUGUAUUCAUUACCUUAAAUUAAUAAGUAAUACUAAUAAAAACGAGAUUGUCAAAAAAAAAAAAAAAAUCCUAAAAGCUUACCAUGAAUUUUAAAUAGACAUUCUAAGCACCAAUGCAACUUUGCUUAAUGAAGCAGUUUUGGUGUAUAGAUCAUACCCCGGCAGUCUUGCAGCUCAAUUCUCUACCAUUUAGGAGUUAAAUCACUUUGAUUAUACCGCCCUAGUCAUACCUGUCCUGGCUGUGACUCACUCCUAAUAUUUUAACAUCUUAUUGUACAGUCUGUUUAAUUUAGCAUGUCAUGGAGACAGCAGGAGCCUCCUGUGUAUGAUUAAGGUUCAAUUAACAGAGCAGAAGAUGAAAACUUCUAAAGUAAACACACUGUGCUAUAAGAUUUGAUUGACAAUGAAAUCCUCCCCAUGUAGGCUGUGUGAGUCACAGUCAAGGGAGGUUUGGCUAGGACUGCAUAAACAAACAAAUUAACUCCUAAAUGACAGAAAAUUGAGCAGUGAGACUGCAGGGGCAUGAUAUAUAUACACCAAAACUGCUCCAUUGAGCUAAAAUUGUUGUAGUUUAUCAAAUUACUGUAAUUUAAAGGGAUACUCCAAGUGGCCAACUUACUGGAGUUACCAGUGGAUAUAUAAGACAACUCAAAGAAAAUGUUUAUUACUGCUGCCGACAUUGUCUUCUGUGACUAAUAGACAUCAAAUGAACAGUGAAUAAUCAUCACAUUCUGUUAUUUCAAUGUUCCCUCAGGUCCCAGAGCAGGAUGAGAGCUACAUGGAAGACAGUUUCUGCGUUGCGGAUGACCAGGAGCAAAAAGAAGAGGAGAGCUCGAGUGAGGAAGAAGUGGAGGCUGAUUUGGAUCUUCUCCAGCAGGAUAGCUUUGUUGAUGGGAGAAAACAAUACCGCACCAGGCGCAGAGUAAACCUCAAGAGCGGCCAGUCAAGACAAAAUAUUGAGAAACCACCUGUAAAAAAGAGAACAAGAAUCAUUCUUCAUGAUUCUAGCGAGGAAGAAACUGGACAAACACCCAGAAAGCUAGCCACCUCCACCCCUCUAGGAGCAGGGAACUUUUCAGUUCCUACCAAGCUCCCAUUAGGCUGUUCCUCCUCUGAAAACAAUUUUAAUACUCCAUUGAAGGAUGCAAUCAAAGUGCCUCUGAGGGACAGAUGCCAAGUGCGGAUUAAUCUCAAAGCUGCAACGUCAGAAGAAUUGGACUUUUCUACAACUUCACUUAGCUGCAUGAAAGUUGGGACAUCCAAUGAUAAAACAGACUCUGCGUGUAAAGUAUGUUAUAAUUGACAUUGUAUUUUGCUGUUUAUGCUAGCUGUUUUAAUCAAACUCCCCUGCAUAGUAGAAAAAAAAUCUCUACAUGUUAUAUAUAACUUUGCAAAACUAUUUUAAUUGGUUAUGACAAAUUUAAAGGUAUUUUCUUGCCUUCAGUCUUCCAGUUCCUCAGCCGGGAUGAAUCUCUGCCAUGGAUCCACCACAAGUUCUCAAGUCCCAGUCAUCCUUGCAGACAGUCGGGAAAUCUCUUCUGGAUCAGAGGUCAUCUCCUGCCUGAAAACCACACAUGGAGUGAAUGUGGAGGUUUGCUCACUUAGGGGCUGUGACUACAUUGUGAGCAACCGCUUAGCGGUGGAGAGGAAGUUCCAGUCCGAGUUCUCAAACAGUUCCAAUAGGAGCAAGCUGGUGGAGCGCGUGAAGCACUUGCAGAAUCUGUUUGAGAGGGUUUGUCUGAUUUUGGAAAAGGAUCGCGUCAAGCCAGGUGGGUUCUUAGUGUUGAAGAAAUCCAAAACCUCAAUAGAUCAACGCUGUGGGUUAGGUUUGAGUUAAAGGCACAAUACAGCAUCAUAACCAUUUUUGAAGUGAUAUUGGUGCCUGGAGUCCACAGCCACCAACUCCACUAUCCUUGUCAGAACAUUAUCCUAACAUCUUACUCUAUGUUAGGGAUGCAGUGUCUAUCCCAAAAUGACUGUGUGCCCUACGCCAAGUCAUGUCAGGCAGUGAUAGGCUGAGUGCCUCUGAGGUACACCUAUAGGAAUUUUCACUGCCUCCCACACGGAGUUCUCCGGUUAAACCAUUGAGAUGGAUCCGAUAUUGUCAUCACUGUACAGUGUGAAAGCAGAAUCUACUAGUUAAAAUAAUGAAGAGGGACAGACGUGGUAUAGAUUUGUCUGUGUACAUAUAGGUUUUUAGUCCAUGUAAUCAUGGCUUUCAUCAUAUUAAGAAAAUGAUUUUAAUCUGUCUUUUCUUUCUCCUUCCAGGAGAAACAACGCGGCCAUUUCAAAGAACAAAGUAUUACGACAGUACAUUGUCAGCACUAAUCGAUGUCGGGGUGCAAAUCCUCUUCAGUUCCAGCCAGGAAGAAACCGCUGGUCUGCUAAAGGAACUGGUAUUGCUGGAGCAGAGGAAGCACGCAGCUAUAACCGUGCCAACACAAGUGACUGGACACAAGCAGGAUGAGCUCCGUUUCUAUCUGUCCAUCCCCAACGUGAGCUAUGUCACGGCCCUAAAUAUGUGCCAUCACUGUGCUUCCGUGAAACAGAUCUUGAACAGGUAGAAUUAAUGUAUCGCUUUAGCUACUCAUUGCUCCAUUCUCUGAUCAUCCAUUCUGAGUAAAACAAGGGUGCGUUCAGUGCCAAGUAAAUAGUUAAGGCGAAUUAGUCCCAUUUAAGUAUAUUUGAAUCCAGCAUGUAACCAUGCUUCACAUAUGAAAUAACAUUAUAUUGCUGGUUUUGCUCAGGAGAUAAUGAAGCAUGGGCUUAGCGCAGACUCUCUAUUAGCUAUAACUGUAGUAAUCAGAUUAUAAAACUUUCAGUGGCUGAUUGCUUUCUAUGCUGUGUCUAAAACCACUAUAAGUGUUAAACUAACUGUUUGGCUCCCCAUCCCCACUUAGAUAUCUCUGAAAAGGUAUUGAACUUACCCUUUUCUCCCAUGUCCCACCGAUCUCGCCUUGGCUAGCCUCGCCUCCAUGGCUGAGAUAAUCAAUCUUGAUGAUCUCAGCCAAUCAAAUUCUUUCCUGUAGGAAAGCAUUGGGAGGCUAUUGCACAUUUGCAGUAAAAUGCCACGCUGUGCCAAUCGCCAUCUCCUCAUAGAGAUACAUUGAAUCACUGCAUCUCUACGGGGAGCGUUCAGUGUCUCCAUGCAGAGCGGGGAUGCUAACCCAGUAAGCACCUCUAGUUGCCGUCUGAGUGACUGCCACUAGACCUGUUACUAGCCAGCAAUGUAAACACUGCCUUUUCUCCGAAAAAGGCAGUUUUUACAUUAUAAAGUCUGCAGGGACUGACUAUACACACUAGUUUUGGUAACUACCGUAGUGUCCCGUUAAGAGGUUGGAAAACAUCACUGUUGCACUUUGCCAUCAUCAUCCAAUUCAUUAAAUUGUAAGCAGCCUCGGGCAGGCCUUCAUUUAGUAGUGGUUACAUUUUAAUGUAGACGUCCGAGCAGGACGCACAUAUGAAACGAAGUAAGAAAGAAUACUCAGUCAGUGGUUUGAUUAAACCUGAACAGACUGACUUACUAAAACAAGAAACAAAGUCGUUACAUCUCAAAGGCAAAAUGACUGUAUAGCAAGAGAGGAGAAGUGAGGCAAGACCAGUUUGUACUUCCUCUAGCACCAUCGAGUUAUAUAGAGGUCAGACAAGUCAAUGUUACCAGCUGCAGGAAGUCCUCCAACACCUUUUAAAAUGCAGUGUCUAACUUGUUGGUAAUAAAUCACUCGUGCCUAAUUUGAAUAAGAUCCUUAAAGGGGCAGUGUAAGAACCAAAACCACCGCAUGCCAACACCACUCAAAUGGUUUGACCGAGAACAAGAGGACAUUGCUGUAAUUGUUAUAUGCAGUUUCUAAAAACUGUAUUUGAGCGAUAUGCAGGAUUUUAUAUAAAUAUGGUUAUGAUGUGGUAGUAUAAUACAGUAAUAGGUUUUAAUAUACACCUAUAACCGGUUGUGAAUAGAUCUGGUUUUACAAUGUAGGUUCAUUGGCAUACUCCAAAAUGUGCUGGCCGUCAAAAAGGCUUCAGAUGGUUAACUUAAUUAAAUAUUAAAGAGAAUUGGGCACCCUGGAGGACAAUAGGUGUUGUGUCUUUGUCUGUCCUUGGUCAUCUUUUAUCCUAUUACCAAAAUGCACUCUCUUAAGUUACCUUCCCCCCUCCCUGUACCGCUGUUACUUAAUGUGUAUAUUUUUUUGUUUUCAUAGCUCAUUGGCCGAGAUUGCCAAGUGUGGUGAAAUAAGUGAUAAAAAAGCAGAAGAAAUUUACCGAUACCUCCGUAACCCAUCUGACUGAGAAAUGGUGGCAACCAAUCAGGAAAUUAUAAAAAGAACCGGAUGUUAAGUGGAUUAUUUUAUUUAUUUAAAGCCUGUUAAUAUAUUUGUAUAUUUCUGUGUAGAUAUUUCUAUAUUUAGCACCAUCGGCAGAAUAUAGGUUUACGCCUCCAUCAGGCAGUAUAGAUGGGGUGUGCCAAAGAACACUGCAAAUGUGGCAUUUCUUUUCUUUUUAAAUGUAAAUAAUUAUUUUGUAAAAUAAAUACAUUUGCAAUUUUCUAAAAUUAUUUUUGUG